AUUGUCUUGGCGGCAAGGAGCCUGGGGUUUGUGAUUCUAGAACGGAACAACAGUCACGAGCAGUUCUUAUUUUACCUUAGCAGUGAAGAAGGCGACAAAAUCAAAGCUGUCUACUUGGACGAUGUACUAUCAGUGGAAUGGCGUCAGGAAAUCACAGAGAGGAAGAAUAUUUUCCCGUAAAACUGUUUCGUAUGGUUGAGGAUAAAGCCUACAGUGAGAUAAUUUGGUGGAAUGAGGUAUGUAGGGACUUUUAGACUUUUUGUGUUAUUGUCGGUUUAGACGUGACGAUACCGCUUCGUCCCAAUGAAUGUGCCUACAUUACAGACCCUCGUCGCAAGCGAUGUGGCUACGAUAAACCAACAACACGAAUCGUAGAGAGAAUUUUUGACAUUAAUUUAUUCAGUUAUUAAACAUGCGGUUAAAAUAAUGAAUGCACAUUUCUUCCGCAGGAUGGAGAUGGGUUCUUCAUUUGUGAGGAUCAGGAAGAGUUUUUAACAUCUAAAAUACUGGAGAACUAUAACUUUAAGACAAACAGUUAUGGUAGCUUCAUACGACAACUCAACAACUGUAAGUAGAGUCCGUGUAAUUUUUGUUUUCUUUCCUUGCAAUCCGAGCAUGAGCCUGCGAUAAUUUUGGGCGCGGUAAUACAUUGAUGUCAUAGGGACCAACAGGCCUUAGCCUCCACUGCCUGUUAAAAACUCCACUAUUUUCUCUUGACUGUGAUCUCAAGAUGCAGGAAAUGGCAUCUUCGAGGCUCAUAUCUUUAAAUUUUUCCCAGGAGAGCAUGCCCUUGUCCUCCCUAGUGGCUCGCGGCCUUCAUCACUUAUGGGCGCAGCUAUAUGCUGCUCCACAAACCUCCUUUUUUCAGUUGACAGGGUUGGCAUCUCUGGUUGUUGUUUGAGGUGGUGGCACUUAACUUUCAAACCCUGACCCUGUUUGAUAUGAACCUUUUAAAGGAGAAAGGAUGGCUUAUUCUAUUCUGCGAAACAAAAAGAAGCAAAGUAUAUGGGAGAGGGAGAAAAAAUGCUUAUUAACCUAAACAAAGUUUAAGAUAGCAUUCAUUGACAAUGUGUUUGGAAGUAAUAGUUAACGAAAAAUGACUGAUUUUUACCUUUAUUUGAAUAGAAUUACUAUUUUGCAAAAUGGCGUUUUUUCAGCUUUAUUUAGCAAACAUGUCCUUUUCGUCUGAGACAAAUUGUGUCCAAUGAUAAAUACUUUGAAGAGUCUGGGCAUCUCUCACUUUAUUGAUCAUACUAGAACUUCGCAAAGUAGCAAUUUUGCCAGAAUCACUAUUUUGCGAAAUUACUUUUUUUCACCUUUAUUUAGCAAAUAUGUCCUUUUCGUCUGAAACAAAUUGUGUCCACCAAUAACAUGAUAAAUAUUUUGAAGAGCCUGGGGACUUCUCAUAUUGUUGACUGUACUAGAAAAAGCAAAGUAGUAAUUUUGCCUAUACACACCUUUCACCUUUUGUCACUGAGUGUUAAAAAAGGAUUUGUCAAAGGAGAAGCCUCGAGAAUCCUACGAGCAAACUCCUCAAAAACUACGUUUGAGGAAAUUAUUUCAAAUUUCGAACAACGCUUGAUUGACAGAGGCUACCCACAAACUAUGAUAAAAAAACCUUCUAUCAGAUAUAAAGUUCACAGAGAGGGAGUCUGCACUCCUGAAACUCAACAACAAAGAGGAAAAAGAAAUAUUGGCUUUCGUGACACAGUGCCAGCCCUCAGUGUCUAUUUUAAAAGAAGUUUUAAUGAAAAAAUGGAAUCUUAUACAAAACCAACCGUUACUUCCCCAAAUUUUUAAAGAACCACCUAUCAUUUCCUACAAGAAAGGAAAAUCACUAAAGGACAUGCUCGUUAGAGCUAAAAUAUAAAAGGUUAACGGAAGGUUUCACACCAGUAUGGAUGUGUGGCCUGUCACCCCUUGCAUUCUCUCAUCUCUAGGCGGAAUCUUCCCAUUAAAACUUUGUCAAGCACCUCCCACUGGGCAGGUAUUCUAAUAAAAGUGACAGGAAACUGAUUAUGCCAUUAUGGCCAUGGCCUUCAUCAGCACGUUGGCUCGAAUUUAUUUGACUCUACACCUCUUUUGAAAAUGAUGUGUUGCCUGCAAGGUGUGGGCAGUCAUGGAAUGGAAGUUGGAUCUUGAUAGUCUUAUGCAUGGUUCAAUUUGAACUGUUACCAUGCCCCUCAUGCCCCUCCCCCAGCAAUUACCUCUGGUUGUAUGAUUUUUUUUUUCCUGGUGGUCUUUUUCUCAACCCUGGGCAUGGAGAAGGAGAAGGAGGCAAUUUCACACCCCGAGCUCCUGAUUGACCUGAUAUAUUGGUUACAUCUUUUUUAGAGCAAUAAUGAUUUCUGUACGAUAGCAAAAAAACGUGUGUUGAGAACUUUUAUAAACAUUUUUCUAUCACUAAUGGUUCAUUGAGAGAAGGAUAAUACAUGUAAACAUAAAACAUGAACAAUACAUUUUAAAUGACUAUUGGAAGAAGAAACUCUCAUUGACUCAAGCGCCUCUUUGAUAGAACACUCCAUAAGAACGCUGCACUGAAUCUAUGUUUUUUUGUUUUUUUAGUCAAAAUAUAUAUUUCGAUGAGUGUGGUCCUAUUAUUUGGACCAUACGAAACAGCACAGUCAUAAUAAACAAUCGAUGAUUACUCCUAAAGCCUUAGCCGGCCGGCCUAUGAAAUUUGUUCAAAUGCAUUGAGCACUCUACGAAAUACAUUCUACCCAGAAUACAAGUAUUUGUUUCUUUUGCAAUAAAAAAAGGGACAAAGGAAUCCAUUCGAGUACACACCAUGUGCACAUUCGUUUUAAAUUUUAAAGCACACCUUCAAAAUACAGACUUUAAUUUCGAUAGGUUAUUCCUCUCCAUCCACUCUCCGAUAAAUUCCUUCCUUUUUUUUAUAAAAAUACACAGUCUUGGGUUCAGAACUUUUCAGGAAUUGAUGUUUACGCAGUGAUUGCAUUAGAUCAUAUUUAAAUGCUAUUUUGCGCCUUACAAAUAAUAAAUUGUCGUUAUUAUUAUUAUAUUAUUACACAUAUUUUAUGGCACAAAAAAAACUUCACUGCAUAACAAAAGAGCCUGGAUAAUCCAUUUUGCAAAAUAGUUAAGUUCUGGCAAAAUUACUACUUUGCGAAAAUUAAUGGGUUCUAGUACAGUCAAUAAAAUGAGAGGCGACCAGACUCUUCGAAAUAUGUAAUCAUGUUAUUGGUGGACACAAUUUGUUUCGGACGAAAAGGGCAUAUUUGCUAAAUAAAGAUGAAAAAAUGCUGAUUCUGGCAAAAUUACUACUUUGCGAAAUUAGUUCUAGUAGGGUCAAUAAAAUGUGAAGUUCCCAGACGAAAAGGACGUAUUUGCUAAAUAAAGGUGAAAAACGUAAUUUUGUAAAAUAGUAAUUCUGGCAAAAUUCACUUUGCGAAAUGAGUUCUAGUACGGUCAAUAAAUUGAGAGGUGCCCAGACCCUUCAAAACAUUAAUCAAUUUAUUGGUGGACACAAUUUUUUAACGGACAAGAAGGGCAUUUGCUAAAUAAAGGUGGAAAAACGCCAUGUCGCAGAAUAGUAAUUCUGGCAAAAUUACUACUUUGCAUUGUGAAAUUAGGUCUAGUACGGUCCAUAAAAUGAGAAGUCCCCAGACUCGUUGAAAUAUUUAUUAUUUGAUUGGUGGACACGAUUUGUUUUAGACAAAAAGGACAUACUUGCUAAAUAAAGGUGAAGAAACGCCAUUUUGCAGAAUAGUAACUCUAUUGAAAUUACUACUUUGUGUAAAAGGUAAAUAUCUGUCAUUUUUCGUUAACUAUUACUUCCACAAAACAACGUAUAUGGGAGAGCGAGAAAAAAUGCUUAUUGUGUUUACUGUGUUUACACAUUGUCAAUGUUAUCUUAAACUGUGUUUAGGUUAAUAAACAUUUUUUUCUCCCUCUCCCAUGAUUUCAUUUUGCUUUGUUUCGCAGAAUAGAAUAAGCCUGGAAGGACAGAGUGUGGAAGCCUAGCUAGGGAAAUAGGGGUGGGAGAGAAAAGGGCAGUAUGUCUGAGUUUUAAAAGUAUGAACAGGGGAGAAAUAGGGGCAAUUUUUACCAAAAUGCUAGGUUAAAGGGCUAAAUGGAGGAAGGCAAAGGAAAAGGGGUGGGAGCCUAAGGAAUGCAAGAUAUAGGAGGAAGGAGGUCUGGACCCCUUUCUCUGCGACUUUGAUGUGUCAUUUUUUUGUACCCCUGUUUAAAAGGGCAACCUAAAUAUGUUCUGUGAACAAGCUCUCCAUUUGGGGGAUUUUGCAAGAUGACAUAUUAUCUGAGUGCGGCCAAUAAAAGGAUCGAGCCUUGAAAGAUUGGCAUUCUUUUGCCACUUGCAUUGUUUGUGUUUCAUAAUAAAGAGCUUGCUAAGGUAACCCAAAUAUCACAUCUUGUUCAAAACUUGCAAAUAUAUAUUAAUAUUAUCCUUUGGCCGGAUAAUAGUCGCAGUGAUUCAGUGAGUCACUCAAUUGGAUAUUUGAAGGGAGAAGGGAAGUCAAGGACGUGUGAAUGUGAUGGUUGUGCAAGUUAGGGAGAAGGAAGGGUAACUCCUGCUACUAUAGGCCAUAAUUGUUGUGGCCAUGGCACCCCUCAUUAAAUCAGGAAAUCUGAGAUAUUCUCGUCAUCAUUCUAUAUGUAACAUAUCUUGUUGUUACCUAUAACAUCCAACUGAAAUCUUCAGUUUCUUUUUGGAGAAAAUUGUGGCAUCCAAGUCACAUCUUAUAUUACUUGCUUCUUCUUGAAAGAAAUGAGGUAAACCAUUAUGAUGGGAGUUGCCUGCCAAUAAUUAACAAUUAAUGAAUUAGGCUGAGUAUCUUUAAUAUGAAGAAUUAUGGAGAUAGAGGAGGAUGUUAUUGCCUCGAUGGAUAGCACCCUCUGAGAUUUCCAAUUAUAAUUCUUCUUAUGAUUUGAAAGCCGAAUUCAAUAAUUGUUUUAUUAUUCAUUCUAAAUAAUUCCUAGUAAAACAGGCUUACCUCCAUCGAUGUUAACUUCAUCUUUGAUAUCCCUUGUAGAAUCAGACACUAUGUAGAAUCUAUGCAAAUGCUAUGUCACAAAGCUAUGUAAAACCUAUGUUAAUGAGUCAUACAUUGCUUUAACCAGAUCCUAUGUUGUUUCUAUGCCAGGACUAUGUUUUUUGUAUCGAAAAUGCUAUGUUUUCGCUAGUCAAACGGAACCUACUUAAAAGCUAUGCAGUUUUUAAAGGAAGGAAUAAAGGCAGAAAUGACAUAGUUUCCACAUAGCCUAUACAUACAAUUUACUUAGCUUUCAGAAAGAGAUUUUAGACUUCAUAGUCAACCUUAUAAAAAAAUCAUAGGAAAUAAAUAGCCUUCACAUAGGACUGAAAUAGAGUUUACAUAGUGAAAUGGAACAGGGGACAGUUGAUUAAAUAGCUUUUGAAUAGGGUUUGCUUAGAAUUCAGAUAGCCUAGGAAUAGUGAAGACAUAGCCUUUUUUAAAGAUGACAUAUACUUUGCAUAGCAUUAAAAUAGGGAAAACACAGAACAAAUAGUCUUUGCAUAGGUUUGAAAUAGGAUUUUAAUAGUAUUUGAGUAGGUAAAACAUAUCACAUACACAGCCAUAAUUAGAGUUCAAACAGAAAUUACAUAGAAUUGACAUAGUCUUUUAUGUAGGUAGGUUUUGAUCUGCUUAAGCAAAUGUAGUCUUUAAAAUACCCUCGUAAAAAUCACCAGAAUAGUAAAAAUAGUAUACACAGUACAUGUGAAUUAGAAUAUCUUUUACAUUGGUAAGAAAUGGGUUUUGACACGAAAAAUUGAAAACUAUAGCAAUAUAAUACCACGAACACACAACACAAAUGCAGUAUUUUCAUGGAGCAGUUUCAGAAUCGAAACCCCAAGUUAAAGUUUGCUUAAUUUGCUUAUCGUGUAGACUUUUGGCUGAUGUACUCUUCAGUGCCAUACACUUUCCUUUUGACUGCAACGAAUAAGUAUCUGCAAACAGAAAAGUUGAGAUUUUAAGGCAAAUGAACACAAAAACAACCUGACGUUUUAGAAUUGAAACGAACGAGUAUCGAAGCGUGAUCGAAGGUGACCGAUCCAACUUGUUCAGGUACGCGAAAAGGGGAGACAACACUGAUAAAUCGAAACUCAAAUUGAGAAAAACAUCACUUACCAACGUUAGGAAUACUUUUUGUUGAACCUGGCAGGAAAACGACUUUAAAUUGAAGUAAAAAGAAGCGUCUUCUUGUAAAAACGCACGCUUUACAGUUCGUCUUCUUUGACUUGAAAGUGCCCGCGUGGAAUCAGCCAAUUUUCACACCUUUUCAUUGGUUGAAAAGGCCCAUGUGACGAUAAAACGCUAAAUACGCAUGUGUUGAACUCACGGGCUUCCCUGGGAACUAGUGGAAACAAAAUGGCUGACAAACACCGAGGACUGCAGCGAUCCACUGCAGCUAGCGUUUCGCAGUUUUGACCAUGAAUUUCUAUUCAGGAGUCGUUCAUAAUCAAGACGAAGGAUCGAAGCUAAUAUAAAAGAAGAAAAUGAUGCAUGGAGGUAUCAUUUCAAGUGAAGAAACUCUAGGGAAAAGCUAGAAAGGAAAGUUAAGUCACUAAGAAACUAUCUGCAAGCACAAAAAAAAUUGUAGUAAAUGAUUUUUAAGUUUUUUAGUUUUAAACACUGCUUUUUACGUUGGAAGUAUGCUUUUUGUAAGCGCUAUUUAACCUGUACAAUCAACAUGCCUAGUAUUUUAAAAGGUAUGUUGAAAUAUCACAUAGGAAACGCAUAGACUACAUAUUUCUCAUAUGAGUGAAAAUAUAAGAAAAAUUACGUUUAUGUAAAAGCUAUGUAACCUUUAUCUCAUGAUAAAGCUAAAUUAAAAUAUCACAUAGUGAAAACAUAGGCUGCAAAUAUGUUUCAUCACUUAGCAUAGAAUAUACAUAGCACUAUGUAAAAGCUAGGAAACUUGUUGGAAAUAAAAUUGAAGAUCGAGAUGCUAUGUAAAAGCUAUUUUGGUUUGUUGCAUAGUAAAUACAUAGGAUGCAAAUCGGAAGGAAAAGCAGAACUUUCUAUUGCAUAGUAAAUACAUAGCUAUGUAAAGACUAUGAAAAGAUUUUGAAUAGUAUUUGCAUAGGUAUUCAAAAGCUAUGUGCUUUUCAAAUAGCCUAAACAUAGUUUCAACAUAGAUUUUACAUACUUUGGACUAUGUAAGUGUGGUAUGCUACAUAGUUGAUACAUAGGUAGUAGUGAACAUAACGUAGCUGAAACAUAGUCCAACAUAGUAAACAAAUAGCAUGAGCAUAGGUUUUGCAUAUGUCUGGUUCUACAAGGGAGUGCACGUUUACGGUUGUUCAGCUCCGCAAAUGUUCUCGAAAUAGCAGAUGUCACCCUUCGAGUUGUCUUCUUGCUGUUCUUGCCAUGUUUUUAGCUAUUAUUUCGCCUUCUUACUCUUGAAACGAGUGAAAUAUUCGCAUUUUUUGUUUUCGCAACCAAAACAACUCAACCUCAUACCCAGGUCUUCUCAGUUAACAGUGCAUUAACCUGCGCGAAGGCUGCACUUUUGACGUCAUCGGUUCAUUAAAUGCUAUUAAUUCUUCCAGAUUUGUCAUCAGUAGCUGGUUAUGGUGAAUUAUGCAUGUGCUUGUAGCCAAUCAGAACUGGGGAAAUAUUUUGAAUGAAUAAUAAAUAUAAGUUUUAAGUGUUGUUUAUAUUGUUGUUUCCAGUAUCAUGCUGUUGUGCAGUUUUCCGAGGAAUUCUUAUAUGCAGUUAAUUCUUAUUCAGAUUCUGUUAUUACUAAAUUUCCAAUUCUUUUAUGCCAUUAUGUAUUCUUGUUAUGCAGUUUGGAGUUCUAUAUAAAUUAGUGUUUGAAUUCUGUUCUUCCAAAAUCAGGGUCUUCAAAGAGGUGUGGCCUGGUGAAAGUAAUAAAUUAUCAUUUUCCAUUCAAAAGAUAAUGUAUGCCUUCUUGGUGUGGCGUGUUAUUUGUGUCCAAACUUACAAUGUUUUCUUCUAUAAUCUGCAUAUUGCCAAAUAAAGUUAUCUGUUUCAAGGGCUAUCACUUACAGUCCAUUGCCAUCGCUAAACAUCUCAGGGCUUAAUCAUAAAAUCUCGUGGGAUCCCUUUUUUUCACAUUGCACUCUUAUAGUUUGAAGGCUCCCCAUUCCACCACCCCAUCAUCACAACCCUGAUGUACUCCCCCCUGGGCAUAGAAGACUGGUUACUUUAUAAUUUAGUAGAGGGUUUAAAGGAUGAAUUUUGAUGACUUUGUUAUGGAAGGUGCAUGCAUGCAGGUGGUGGUAAUUGGUAGCAACACAGUGAUUUUGUUGCCUCUGCGUCCUGUGUCCCUGAUGUAUAAAAAUCCCCAAAGAUGCAAAACAAUAUUAUUCAUAAUUCAGAUUACUGUAACCGUCUAGUUACAUACUGUACUAAAAGGCCCAAGCAUUAAUUUUCAAUUUAGGACUCCUUUUUUUUUUAACUGGGACUCACUGGUUAUGGACAUAGGGGCCCAUGAUUUUUCACAAGAUGAGUCCCAGGACACCAUAUAACUAUUUGUAACUAAAUCACUGGCUGCAGUGGAGAUUUUCAAUAUUUAUGACAGUUGGUUUUUUAAAAUUUUAAUGUUAAUCUAGAUGGCUUCCAUAAAAAACGGAGACCAAACCAAGAGAAAGCAAAUGAGCCCUCAUCAUAUUACUCCCACGACAAAGGUUAUUUCAAAAGAAGUUGUUCUGAUUUUCUUAUGAAUAUCACUAAAACAAAGGUAAGUAAAGUGUGAACUUAAAUUUUGAUGCAAACUAAUCUAAUUAGCCUGAACUCGCAAAAAAGAACUGUCAACCCAGCAGGCAUUUCCUUCCUAUCUCAAUUCUGGAAUACCGUUUUUUGCUGAUAACUCAUGGAGUUACCCUGUAGUGAAAAUAAGAGAAGAAAAAACAUUUAGAUAUUUUACACAUUAGAUGAUAAAAUCAUCUCAUGUGUUUUUAUGAUUUAAAUUAAUUUCAAUUGAUUGUUAUCAUUUUUUUAGAUGUCACAAUUUAAAUGCUAUGUUCAAAGUUCUGCAUAUUUAUCUGUUACGUUCCUGAUGGAAAGCGUCUCAUAGAUUGGGGUCAAAGUAGCUUAAGUGAUGUAUUUGGUGGAUGAAAUGUAAUUUUGGUCUGAAAUGUUUUUCUCAUUUAUAGGGAAAUCAGGGAACUAAAAAAGAAACAUCCUCCAAAAAGGGUAAGAAUUAGGCAGUCAAGCUUGUUUAGGAAUCAUUAAUCCCAGUGUUCGGUUUUCAAACUCAAUCGAGCUGCAUCAAAAGAGUUUGAAUUAGUUUGAUUGAGUUCCGUGGAAAUUUUGUUUGAUUUUGUUCGAUGUGAUAUGGUGGGAUUGUAACACUAUGGCUUGCACAGUCUUGAAAAGUCCUUGAAUUUUAGGGGACGAGUCCUUGAUAAGUUCUUGAAUUCCAUUUUUCCUUAAAAGGUCCUUAAAAUUCUUUGCUAGUCCUUGAAAAGGACUGUAUGCAGUGCUUAUUGAUAUUUUUGCUCUUAGGUGCAACUCUCGGGGUUGGCGCUUUAUUUGCAACAUAUGUAAUAAUUGUUUAUCACAAAACUAGGUCUCGCCUGUAGUCCCAUGCAUUAAAACUACUGUGCUGGUUUUGCUUUUAAAUAUGGCUGCUAUUUUUCUUUAUCAUAGAGACAGGCCAGAAGCUCAACGAACAAGUAACUAAUCAGGAUCUUUUACAGGUGCAGAAUAACUGUUCAUGAUGAUAAGUUUGGUGUAGACUGUUUAAUGCAGUUUGAUCGUCACUUAUUACCAGUAUUAGUGUACACCUGCUAUCGUAGUAAUGCUUCUGCUUUUACGUUUAUUUACUACAAUACCUGACUCGAUGAGCAUUUAAGUUAAACAGCUUAUUUGUGAGUAAUCUCGAUCCGAGAGUUCCUCUGCGCAGCGUAACAGGAGCACCCAACGACGGUUUCCUCCUAAAUACAUUGAAAACACUUUUUAGGCUAUCCAGAGUACUUUUAGGAUCGCUAGAAAUGCAUUCUAAGCGGCGCUAUAAAAUUUGUAUCUGUUCGGGCAUCCUAGGGGAACUUGAGUCUUUUCGAAAUUACAAGAGCUUUGGUAUUAUUUUACGAAAAUUUUAGAUGCAAUUUGAAUUAUGACGAAAGUGAGACAUUUUCUGAUCUCUCUCUCUAUUGCAUUCUUGAGUCCGAAAAUUUUGCGCUUCUUUUUUCUCUACGAAAAAUGGCCCAGUUUAGGAAGUGAAAUGUGAAAAUUAAACUUCAUAAAAUCGUAGGGAAUUUAUUAGAUGAACUUCGAAAAUUGUACAUGAGUGGAACGUUCACCCAGAAAUUUUUAGCCGUUCUCAAGUAAUAGAAAAUUCUAGGCAAUAUUUGCUUCUCCGAACGGAUGUUUCACGGAAAACAGUCGUCGGGUGCCCCGAAGCGUAAGCACUGCGGUUAAGAAUGAGCCGUUCAAACAAUUUCUUCAAAGUGGUUCUCGCUCGUGUGGGCGUAAAUUUCGCGUCAGAUUGCAAUGAUAUACGCAUGCGUCAUUCGCCCCGGACUACGCGGUUUGCGAUUUUCAUCUUAGAGCAAAGUGGAAUUUGAACCAAAACUAGAAUUUAAUUCGGACUGAAAACCGGAAUGACAUCACUACCGAAUGACUUGUACAAAAUCGAAAUCGUUUUCCGGUAUCGUAAAGAUACAGAGAAAUAAUACAUGGAGAUAAAAGAACUGGUUCCGGAAUGAAAUCCUUUCCGGUAUCAUGUGAAUACUGGCUCCUAAGACACAUGUCCAUCCUCGACUCGUAUGCGCAUUGUGAAGCUCAUAACCUCUUUGCCUUUAAAUGACAUGGUCACGAGAAGAUAAUGCACUCGUCUAGUUUUUCAACAAUUGUAGCGGUGAUGAAAAUACGAAAGAGAUGAUCAAGGAUAUUUCUUUCAAAGAGAUGCUUGUCAGCUUACACGCCAAAGUCCGAUCACCUGCUGGCACCAAACACAGCCUCGCACUAAGUUUGUUGGUAGAUGUAGACGAAGCCUGCAGUGGCUCCCACUGUUAGGCCCACAGUGUAGUGGCAUAAAGCUAGCGUUUUGAGUUUGAGUAGGAAUUUAACCUUGACUAGAAAUUUUAGAAUUUAAUUUUUUUGAAAUUUUAUUUUCUGCUAUAGAGUAUAAAGAAAACUGAAACAGAUUCCUCUUUUGAAAACGGUAGGGAUAAAGGCAAGGUUUUUAGAUAUCUUUCUGUUUCAUUUAUCUACCUGCAUGGCUGUAAAUUGUUCUUCAUUAUUUUGUCAGUGACGAGUGGAUCAUUUCCCGGCAUACAUGUAGGAAUGUCAGAAGUCUUUCCUUUCGUCAAGGAGGGCACCAGUGUUUCCUCUCAGACUCAGGCAUGGUGCAGCACCCCUUCAGUUAUAGCUGCCACAACUAAAAACAGCUUUCCAUUAACAGAAAAUAUGUCUGCAACCCCUACAAUUCCUAAAAGAGAGACCAUACAGGAUUUCAUAGUAAAUACUGGGGCUACAUCAGCUGUGUCUCGUGUGGGACAGUCCAGUGUUUUCCGAGUUGGUCAAAUGCAGUCCUUUGGAGACACCAACCCAACACAAACCAUUGACAUACUGGACAUAGUUACGGAAGGUGGCCAUUAUAUGCUUGAUGAGUUGAUGUAUGAUGUUGGUGCUGACGCAACAAUCGAGAAGACAAUACCACAGACAGAAACCUCUCUCAUUUCAGACGUGAAAUUUCCCGAGAAUAUUCUUUUGGCUUCAGUAACCACUACCUUAGCUCCCUCGGUAGGCGGUUUUGAUACCAGUCCCUUCCAGUCAAGUGGCGUGCCAGUUCCAUUCUUACAGCAGGUUUCUAAAGGGAGCAGCUUGCCAGAAUCUCUUCACGAACCAGGCAAGGGGUUAAAGCCCUUAGUUUUUAGCUGAAACCGCCUUUUGUGUUACGCUACCUCUGAACAUAAUUGCUGGGUGGUUUUAGUGUUGCAAUGCAGUGAAAUGUCUCUUCCACUCAUCGUAGUUUUAAGUAAAAUUCUACUUUUGAACCUUUUUCUGGAAGUGUGGAAAUAAUAGGCCUCGAAGGUAUAGGACAAAGUCAUUUGUUUUUCAUUUUGAAGUUUUGAAUGGUAUAGAAAAAAGAGAUGAUGUCCUUUCUUGUGUCACCUGCAAAUGACCUAAUGGAAUGCUCGGUGCCUUGCAGAUCAAUUAUUUCCUUCUUCAUUCAAGAUCUGGAUCAGCUCUCAACUGACAAAUAUCAACGUUUUUCUCAACCUCGCGGUAUUUGAAAGUCUUGACCAGAAAUGCCCAAUAUUGUUAUCUUUCUGCAUAUGGUUGCAGAGGUCACGACUGCAUGACAUUUUGAGAUAAGAUAAAUUGCUGAUUCUAACCAAAAAACGGCAUUUAUAAAUUUAAGAUAAAAGUUCCUUGGUAGCGCGUGAUUUCGUUUUAAAUUUGACUCACUAAAGUUUCGAAGUCAGUCGACCAAUCAGUUUCGGCAAUUGCUGUAAGAGUAGCAUGUAAAGAGUUUCAAAUAUCCUAAACGACUGGAUAAUUUGAUUGAUAAAGGAUAUUUUCACAGUGAAACAAUAGCCAGAACAAGACAAAUCAACUACUGAGCUUAUUAAAGGGACAGGUUCACGGUUCAGCGCAUGCUCAUUUAUCAAAAUACUGUUUUUCUGCUGGGACAUGCUGUAUCGUCCACGCAAGCAAUAUGAUCAUGUCAUAAUUUUGUCAAAGAACCAAUCUGCACACUCCCCUGGCAGUCACUUGCACUAGAUCAACUUCAAAAAUUGCAAAUAGAUGUAAAUUAAUCAACCAUGGAAUAAAACCUUCGGGUCAACAAUAAAUUCAACGUUGGUAGUGUUGGCAUAAUCCACUAAUUUUUUCUGCGAUUUUAGUUCUUCUCCAUCCUACUUCAGGUUACUCUGAACACAAUUCUACUUUGAAAUACACUCUGACAUCGCUGAGAUACGUGUGAGUGGGAGAAUUAACCGAAAGAAUUAUAAGAAUAAAUUGGAAAAAAGUAGUUUAAUUAAUGAGCAUGCGCUUAACCGUGAACCUGUCCCUUUAACUGUAAUGAUGUUCCGUGAAUGUUGCGGUCACUAAAUUUGACAUUUUCUAACUUUUAUUACUGAACAGAAACAUGUGAACAGCACCUUAUUGACCAAUAUCCACUGCAAGAUCAGGACUUUCCUCCCGUUUUCACCACUGAACUUCAGAAUAAGGUCAGUUCAUAAUAAUUAAAAGGUGUAUGUUUUACUCCACAGCUUACUGGCCGUCCUCGAACAUCUAGAAACAGUUGGUUUAGUCGAUCGUUAAAAACAGUUUUCCGUAAAAUAAGUAUAUGGAACAUGCGGAGUAAGAAAGACCGAUUACUUGCCCUAGCAUGGGGUAGGCCGGGCUACCCGAAGGCCAGCCCCCUGAUGCGGCUCGCUGUGGGGAGGGAGGGCUUAAGAAAUAUGGGUGCUGCUAUGCUAAAAUCUACCACGAAAUGAUAACAAAGCUAGGGCACUCAUGCAAUAUGCCCACGUUAAUGAUAAACUAAACUCUGAAUACGUUUUAUACUGCUAUUGGAUGAAAUCCAAUUCUGUGGUAACCAUGGUAAACGCUUCAUCGUGUACUGUUGAGUUAUGCAUGCACUUGAGAGGAUUAAGCUCACAAGAGGCAUUAGUUUCUUGACUUAUCUGCGUGCUCAAUAGGAAUAUGAAGCCAUUCGCGCUUGUGAAUUUGAUUAGGUGAAUAUUCUAGCUAUGUUAUGGUUUGUCAAUUAAAAGUACUGUAAUAUCUCAUACCAUUAUGAUAUUAGUUAUAGAAGCAAUUCAACCCUGAGACCAAACCCGGAGAGGGCUUUACCGUGAGAAUACUUUUAAGCGUGUGUUAGCUUACGAGAGCCAGUUCUCGUAAAUGACCAUUAUUUGUGACGACCACGUUUUCAAAUUUUCGAGGUGGCCGUAUAUGAGGGCGUCGACUGUACUUAUUUUUUAUAAUACUUUUCAAAGAAAAACAUAACGACUUGGCUUCGCCAGUUUGUAACUUAACGUUUAUAAUUAUUACUCUAUUAUCUUUUGUCCUUGAGUUAUACAGAUAAAACCCUGCUUUCUGAUUUCCCCCCAUCUAUCUAAAUCAGGUUGUUGUCACCACUUGCCAGGGUAGUGAAAUGUCUGAAACUGGCUACUCGUCAGAAGGUGAGUGAAAAUUAUCAAACUUCUUGAAUUCGGUGUUGAUUUGAUAUUUGUUAUUCACAUAUGCCACGUGUUCUUAUUUUGUCUGUAGAAAUGGGGUACAAAUUAUUAGAGAGAGAAUUCUUCCCAUAGCCCUCUUAGCCACCGUCCACUAUUUGCAUGGUGAAUCUCGAAAACGUUUCGUAUUUAAGUAGUUGUCUCCUCAUGUGGGCAUGUUUUUUACAUGCUGAGGAAUUUCUACCAAUUUUUUAAGGGUAUACUUCACAAUGUUUAUGGUUAUUGCUUUUUAUAGAAAGUUUGAAUCAACCUAAAGAGCUUGGCCAAGAGAUCGCUGUGGCAACUGUUAUCCAGGAUCCUUUUAGGGUAUUUUUUUCACUGUUUUUUGUUGUUGUUGUUGUUGUUAUUGUUCUUUGUCACCAAGACGAUUGUCAUCGUUCGUUGAAAUAGCUUAAUUGUAUGUCGGUUCCGUGCUCUUUAGCUCGAUCAGUUCUAUAUUUCCUGUACUGCCUUUGCUUUGUAUACACGUCUCAAGUAGAGAUGAACUUAUGAAAGUGUUAGUAACAAGUAGUCCCCAUGAAGGUGAAACCCCCUUUCUUCCAAGCUGUGCACUACUUUGCUCUAUUUUCCUUUAUUCUAUUUAAAGACAAAAAUAAUGCAAUUUUAUCAUGUAUUUAUUUACCUAGCUAUAUCAGGCUGAUGGAAAUGUUUACUCGUCGGACGAAGGUGAGGAUUCAGUAGGGAAUAUUUUUGCGUUCGAGGUACGAGAACGCAACCCCUAAUUUGUGUUGGGUAUCGUGUGCAUUAUUGGGUGUCCUGUGCAAUCAAUAAGGGAGGUUUUUCGAGAUUGCAUUUGUCGUCGUCGUCGACACACAUUUGUCUCGCUUUGAGGCACUUGCUUACGUUUUGCCUCACUUUGACGAACUAACUCAAGUGGUGAUUCGUGCGUCCUCAAGCGUUUGCUGAGGUCUUUUACUCUGUCUUCGUAAACCGUUCAUCUUUUAAAAGUUUGCUGAAUCUUCGUAAAGCAUACAUAUUUCAAGAGUUUGCUGAAGUUCUACUGUCGAUCUGUGUUUGCUGAAUCUUUCAAAACGUCCAUCUUUCAAAAGUUUUGGCGGCCGUUGUGCCACAAAGUAAAUCUACCGAGUUAAAUCUACAGAGUUGUGUAGCUCGGCGGCCGUUGUGCCACAAAGUAAAUCUACCGAGAUGUGAAGCUUGGCGGCGCCGUUUCAUCAUGACUUGUGAUAUUUUCGGCACCGGACAUACGAACAUUUUAGGCCUACGUUAUUUAUUCGGAAAAACUUGUAAACAGCCCACAGUAGCUCCACUCAAGUCACUGAAAUCAACACACUCGACCAAACUACUGCACUUAUUAAGACGGACUAUACGAUAUCACUAGCCUUCAAGGCCUUUUCAUAAUGAUACCCAGUUUAAAUAGAGGUUUCGCUGUAAGCAGUCCUUACGUUUGAAAUAUGCCAUGAUCAAAUUAAAGCCCGGUUUGCAUAUGAUCGAUACCAUCGCUGUGAUCGCUGCGAUCGCUGAGAAAAAAAAAACGUCAGCGAUCAUAGCGAUCAUAAGAAACCACUCUCCGGCGAUCGCAGCGGCAACAAUCGCUGAGAUAUAAAAAGUUCUAUCUCAGCGAUCGUUGUCGCUGCGAUCGCUGGAGAGUGGUUUCCAUAUGAUUGUGAACUUUUUUUUCGCAGCGAUCACGGCGAUCGUAGUGAUCAUAUGGAAACCGGGCUUAAUCUAUUGCAAUAACCAUCCACCCUUCCUCCUCAACUGCUACCUGUACGCCUUAUAAACAUAUCGAACGCACCCUUUUAAGCUCCGAUUAGUUCUAGUUUACGUAUACUGUAGUUAUGCAAUGCUAUCGAACGGUAUACCAUGAAAUAUCCCACGAGUGACUUCCCAUCACUGUUUUUUACUGUACGACUGCUCUACUACUAUGGAGCGAAUUUAAAAAAAUCGUAAAACCAAGACAGCUUUGAAGUGACUGGUUGAAGUAUCCUUUGUAGAUUAAAUUACUGAGACAGUAGGACCCUGUUUGGAAUAGCAAGUUGUGAGUAACAGUGCAUGAAAUCAAACAAACAAAAAAACGGUUUUAAAUUAACGACUCGUUGCCAGGCAGCCACAAGUAUAGUAAGUAAAGCAUUGCGAGGAUGAUGGUCAAAUUCAACAUUUUGAAGAAUAAUUGGACAAUAUACUCCAAUACUUUCUUUACUCCGCGAUAAUUGCUUUAAUUGCAGAGUGAAUCCCACUCAAUUUUUGUUAUCGCUAUUUGCCAUUUACGACUCGAACUAAAUUAACAAUGCCUGAAACUCGAACCAAGAAGGCUGCUAGCACUCAAGGAGCUGAUUCCUCGGGAUCUGAACUUGUCACAAUGGCGACACUGAGGGACAAUGAGGGAGAAAGAAUGUUUAAGAAUUUAUUUGACUCACUGUUGGCCAACGUAAACGCACGGCUAGAUUCCGUCGUCGGCCAAACCGCAGAAAUCAAAGCUAGACUAGAUAUUUCCGAGAAAGACACUAGCGACUUGAAGAUGAGCCUUGAGUUCUCCCAGAAAGAAAUCAAGGACCUGAAACCAUGCUCAUCCCGACUGCAUGAGGUCGAAGAAGAGAUUGAAAAGAUGUGCGGUUCCCUGGAUUACCACACUGAUAAGAUUCGAAUAUCUGGAGAACCAAAGGUGAAGGAGUAAUAUUCGACCAGAUGGCAUUCGAGAGGAAGGAGCGGAAACCUGGGACAACACCGAAACCAUAGUAAAGGAGAUACUUAAAGAGAAGCUUAACCUCGAUAAAGAACCUAAUGUCGAGCGGGCUCGACAGAAGAGCAAAAUGCUACAACUGGCUCCUUAAGACGUCCAAGGACCAUCGCCUCCGCGAUUUGAAGCAAAAAGGAAAGAUCAUCAGAGGUGCAAGAAGAAUCAAGCCCCUGGAAUUUUUGUUAAUGAAGACCUGGCACAAGAAACCCUUGACAAGAGAGAAGAGCAGCGUCCCAAGUUUGAAGAAGCGAGAACAAAAGGGGAAAAUAGCAUAUUUCGUUUUAGACAGGCUGGUUAUUAAAGACAGACUUGAGCGUCCCAGUUAAAAGCCCAUGUUCACCCAAACGGCUUUGCGCGCUUGUGUUUCUGUUUUGAAACGAUUCUUUUGUCAAAUGCAGUGUUUUGAUUGGCUUCCACUUUUGAGAAGCGUUGCGUGACGAUACUAAAAACGACUGCGAGGGAGACUAGCUUUUUUCACGCUUGACCAAAGCUUAGGGAGAGACAGUAUCAAAGAGGCCAGUAAGACUUUAAUUCUUUUCCAAAUGGAGGAAGAUAUUUCGCCGACUUCGUUAAAUGUCACCUGCUUAAAUUUUGAACUGCUUUCUCCGGUAGUGAGUGCGUAUGUAUGCUUUGUUGAGUCCGAUGAACACAAUGAAGGUCAUAUAAUUACGAAACGUCUAAGCACCAGGUGAGAUUUUCUUGAAGCCCGAUUCGACUGUGAAAUGCUUUGAUUCCUCAAUCUAUUAUUUUGUGUUAAUUCUUAGAAAGCGUAGGUAUGUGUUCUGGAAAGAAUAAGCGAGAAGUUUUGUUUGCAAAUCGUCGAAUCAGCACUGCGUACAGUCUUGUCGCUGUAAUCGCUGUGGUUACAGUUCCUUUACCCAGGCUUUAGGUUUGGCUAAGGACUGGUUACUAAUAAUAGUUCUCGCUACUUUAGAGCGAUACGCCAGACGAUAAGUUUACGUUAAGGAUAUCACUCGCUUCAUAGGUUAAAUUAAAUAAAGCAUUGUUCAUAUUAGAUUGACUCGCUUGCUUUACUUUCAACUGAUUUCAACGGGACCUUUGUUUACAACGCGGAACGUGAACAUUCGAUGUAGAAGGAACUCGGCAAACGCGCUGUCUGUAGAAUUUGCAGCCAAAAGCAUCUUUCCCAUCUCUCAGAGAUUAAAAAGGAUUCACCGAGACGAAUGUACUUCGGCGACCCCCGUCGACGCGGUCUCCCCCGGGGGGGGCACUUUAGGAAUUUCUGGGUGGGGAUGUGCCGCUGGGACCCUGGAACCCUUGACCUAUACCAGAGCUAGUUCUGCUGAAUUUUGCUACCCUAUACUAGAGUAAACUCCCAAAAUCCCCCUAUCCUAGAGUAGCUGUUUCCCCAGUCUAGAUAAAAUCUUCAACCAACUGAUCAGUGUCCUGAAAAAUGAUACCCUAUUCUAGACCCAAACGCUCUGAUUUAUAUACCCUAUCCUACCGUAAACUGCUUGAAAACCAUACCCUUCACAGCGGCACAUACCCAUAUAGCCCAUAUAUGGUAUUACCCCCCCCCCCCGGCGGUCUUCCAACCGUACGUUUCGAUGAAAGUACUGCAGUGAAGCAAACACUCACAGAAACAAAAAGGCUCGAUACCAGACCAAAAUAUCCAAAAAAAUGUAAAGAAAAAUACCAAAAGAACCUGUUUAGACUUUCUUUUAAACCAGAUUUAGCGAACUGUGGAAGAUUAACAAAGAUUGACUCUACACAAUGAAAGCAGCGAUUUUCAACUACGCGAAAUGUUUUUUUCUGGAGUACAGGGCGCGGGAUGCAUCUAGGGUGAACGUGGGCCUUUGAGUAGCUGUGUAGUUUUGUGCUUUAGCUUUCUAUAAUAUUUAUAACACGUAUUUUUAUAUUUGUUAUUUAUUAGCCAUGGCUUCGAUUCCUGAUCACAUUCUACCUUUUAAUGCUUUAGGCGAUUAUAGUUUUAACCUUGCAAUUUACGAACUUCAACGUGGCCCGGUCCGUUAUGAUCCUGAAAGACUUUCCAGCCUAAAUAACGAUCCUUUAUUUUCAAGUCACAAUCUUUCCCUAGCCCGUUCUGACGAUAUACAUCCUAAUGUUAAUUUCGGUACAGACGACGUCCACUGUGAUUUCUACAUUGAAGACAAAUUUAACGAAAUGUUGAGAAAUGAUGAUUUAUGUGAUGAAGAUUUUUCGCUCCUACACCUAAAUAUUCGUAGUCUUCAACGUAAUCUAAACAGCCUUUCUAUUCUUUUGACAUGCUUGAAUAUUAAGUUCUCUUUAAUUGGCGUUUCUGAGACUUUGCCAAGCGAUUAUUCCCAUUCAGUAGACAUAGAUGGUUUCAAUUUUAUCCACAAACAUCGCCCAAAUAGAACUGGUGGUGGUGUUGUAUUAUAUAUCUCGGACAAUCUCGAUUUUAAAAUUCGCGCUGACUUGAGUUUAUCUAUCUAUCUAUCUAUCUAUCUAUCUAUCUAUCUAUCUAUCUAUCUAUCUAUCUAUCUAUCUAUCUAUCUAUCUAUCUGUCUGUCUGUCUGUCUGUCUGUCUGUCUGUCUGUCUGUCUGUCUAGCUAGCUAGCUAGCUAACUAACUAACUAACUAACUAUCUAACUAACUAACUAACUAACUAACUAUCUAUCUACGAUCAACUAUACAGGUACUUAAAUUCAAAUGGCCUGUUGACAAAAAACCAGUCUGGAUUUCGUUCCCUUCACUCUACAGUGACAGCGCUGUUACAUUUAACAAAUAAUUGGUAUCUUAACAUUGACAAAGGCAUGACCAAUUUGAUUGUGCUUCUCGAUCUUGCCAAAGCCUUUGACACCGUUUCACAUAAUAUUUUAUUAAAAAAGCUUGAGCUCUAUGGUCUGAAGGGUGUAACGCUCGACUGGUUUUCAUCGUACCUAUCAAAUAGGCAACAGCAGUGUGUAGUAGAGGGCUGUGUAUCUAAGCCCCAGUUGAUAAGUUGUGGUGUUCCACAGGGUUCAAUUUUAGGCCCUUUGUUGUUUUUAAUUUAUAUCAAUGAUCUCCCUGGAUGUCUUCUCCAUACCAAAGCACACAUGUAUGCCGAUGAUACCACGAUAUAUGCGUCCUCUGUAUCCACUGCUGAACUAUAUGCCAAGGUAAAUAAUGACCUAACUCGCGUUAGGGACUGGCUUCUUGCAAAUAAGUUAAGCUUAAAUGUCACUAAAACGGAGUAUAUGUUCUUAACAACUACCUUCAAAUUAUCUAACUUAGGAAGAGACUUUCCAAUUAAGAUUGGCAACAAUCAUGUUAAACGAGUCCAAACAACAAAAUAUUUAGGAAUUCACUCAGAUGAAAAUCUUAAAUGGAACGAGCAUGUUGACAAACUUUGUUCAAAAGUCAGUCGAUCCAUCAGUGGUCUAAAACAGGCACGUGAUUAUGUACCAUUAGAUGUUCUAAAUACUAUUUUAUCCAGCCUGUGUUCGACUACUGCGACGUUGUUUGAGACAAUUUAGACCAGGGACUUGCCACUAGGAUCCAGAAAUUACAAAAUCGUGCUGCACGCAUAAUAACCUUUCAAGGUUAUGGUGUUCGUUCAGCACAAAUACGAAAACAACUAAACUGGGAAGAGCUUGCCUCGAGGCGUCAAAGGCACUUAAGUCUAUUAAUGUAUGAUACAGUGAAUGGAAAUAUACCUAGUUACUUAAGCGAUCUUUUCUCGAAUGUCUGUGAGAACAACCCUUAUAAUUCUAUGCUAUAUAUUAUAUUAUAUUUUAUUAUAUUUUUAGUGUAGUUGUACAGUAUUUACUUCUGUUUCUAUACGGCUUUCAUGUGAAGAAGUUAUGUAACUUAUGAAAUUACCGUAUUCAAAUAAAAGUGAAUCAAUCAAUCAAUCAAUCAAUCUAUCUAUCUAUCUAUCUAUCUAUCUAUCUAUCUAUCUAUCUAUCUAUCUAUCUAUCUAUCUAUCUAUCUAUCUAUCUAUCUAUCUAUCUAUCUAUCUAUCUAUCUAUCUAUCUAUCUUAUCUAUCUAUCUAUCUAUCUAUCUAUCUAUCUAUCUUAUCUAUCUUAUCUAUCUAUCUUUCUAUCUAUCUAUCUUAUCUAUCUUAUCUAUCUAUCUAUCUAUCUAUCUAUCUAUCUAUCUAAAAUGCAUGCUGCGUACAACUCUAAUCAUUGUACUCUGAGACUGUACGGAGAUAUUAAAAGUAGAUACUAAGCAGCUAUGGAAAAUGUGAUUACUUUCAUGCGAUAUUGAUAUCUUAUAAAACGGUCAACAAAUUCAGCAGGAAUACGCGCGAACUGCAUUUACUGUGUGUUGUAUAACGUUCUGUUCAACUUACACUUUUUUCCUGUGCUGAACAUAUACUGUACCGAGCCGUAUCUUGGUCCGGUACAAAGAAACUAUGUAUAUAUUUAUAUUGACAGAGUCAUAGGCCCCUGAUACCGAUAAAAAUCAUCGUUCAAUUUUUCGAGUGUAGAAUCCCUGAAAGAGUACUCCUCAAUGGAGCAAUAUCAAUAUGUAGAAGGUUUUCAAAGGUUUCACACCGGUUUGAGGCUAAGAUGUGCAGUCUGUCUCUCCUUGCAAUUUUUACUUUUUGAGUAUAUACAUUAUGACAUACAACACUCGUUUUGUAUUCCAAACGAAAAAGUAGUAUAACGGCACCGGGGCCUUUGACAUUAAAACUCAUCUCCAAGCAAGCGAGACUCAACGCUACUAAGAGCGUUCUUGUUCCCGAUCAAAUGAAAAUCGCUCGCGUGACACCUACUUUUAAAUCUGAUGAUCAGUGGCUUUUCACCAACUACCGACCUAUCUCGGUACUUCCCGGCUUUUCAAAAUUCUUUGAAAGAGUUAUCUACAAUCGUUUAAUGCAAUACCUGAUGAAUUUCAACAUCGUCUGUAGUAACCAAUACGGCUUCAGGAAAAAUCAUUCCACGACACUCGCGCUAAUCGACUUGCAUGAUAAGAUUUCCACGACCUCUGACCGAGGUGGAUUUUCCGUAGGUAUUUUUCUUGACCUCUCAAAAGCCUUUGACACUGUAAAUCAUGUCAUCCUUUUUGAUAUUCGUGGCUUAACGCUGGACUGGAUAAGAAUUUACUUUUCAGACAGAAAGCAAUAUGUUGAAUAUAAUGGCCACCGUUCGUUAAGAAACGAAAUCUCUUGUGAGGUCCGUCAGGGUUCCAUCCUCAGACCUCUAUUUUUCUUACUGUACAUUAACGACAUCAACAAUGCUUCUAAUCUAUUAAAUCUGAUAUUGUUCGCUGACGAUACCAAUGUAUUCAUGUCACGUAAAGAUCUGAACUAUCUUUCAGAUAUAUUAAACUUGGAGAUGGACAAACUGUCAAUCUGGUUUAAAGCAAACAAGCUUCCUCUAAAUCUUAAAAAGACUAAAUUUAUGGUCCUUAAAGCAAGACAAAAGCGUUCAAUUUGUAAUAUUCAAAUAAGUAUAGAUGAUCAAAAUAUUGUUAAAGUAAAGGAGACAAGUUUUCUAGGAGUAAUUUUAGAUGAAAACCUAAAUUGGAAGUCGGAAAUAUCACACGUUGCAAAUAAAGUUGCGAAGUCAAUCGGUGCAGCUGCUUUCUUCCUAAAACGUCUCUACGUAUGCUCUACUAUUCCUUAAUUUAUCCUUAUUUUUAUUACUGCCAUAUCGUUUGGGAUUCGACCUAUAAAAGCAAUCUCCGCCGCCUUGUUGUCCUGCAAAAGCGCAUUAUUAGAAUUAUUAAUAAAUCACAUUUCAAUCACAUUUCAUACAGACCCCAUCUUUAAGGGCCUCGCUAUACUAAAAUUUAACGAUGUCGGUUUGCUUCAACUGGGCCAAUUUAUGUAUUCUUGCAAAAAUUCAUUCUUACCUCCAAGGUUUAAUAACAAUUUCUCCCAAAGCAAUCAAUUCAACUCUUACACUACAAGAAAUUCCCAGGCCUACCGUCUACCGUAUUGUCGUACAAACACUAAGAAGUUCUCGCCCUUUUUUCAAGGGCCUAAGUUAUUUAAUUCACUUGUCAACGAGGUCAUCAACUCUCAAUCCCUUUCCUCUUUUAAGAAAAAACUGAAGAUUAAAUUAUUGAGUAAAUCUUUCCAUCUUCUACUUUUCGCCAUCUUUUCUUCAAUUGAUGUUAAACAGUUCCAGCCCGUAGUUCGAGAAGGCCUAACCUCUCAUAAGCUGCUAUAGUUUCUGUUAGGUCUCCUCGCCACUUCUUUUUUUCUUCUUUUCCUAUAUUUUUUGUAAUUAUUAUGUGGCAAGUAAAUAAAAUAAAUGAAAAUAAAUAAAUGUUCCGGCUUGCCUCAUAGAAAACGUGGACACGCAACCUGUGUGCGCGUGUUCAAGCUUAGUGACUAGUGACGAGAGUAAUGGGUGCACAUACGGUACUCGAUGGAAGUAUUGGUUCAUCAGUAUGUUACUAUAUAAAAUCUUAAAACAAAUUAGGCAUCAUUUUGUUGAAGUCUUGUCAGUAAUGUUUUGAAUUUUAUCUGAUAUAGGUAGUUCAUCUAAGGAGCAAGAGUUUAAUGUGACAAUAAAUCCAGAAAGUUGUCGUCCUGAGGUAAGCAAUUUGCAAUGUAUGUCUUCUUCAAAUACAAUAUACUAAAACGCGUAGCUUCCUCUUUCAGAGAUUUUCGGGGACUUUGGAUAUGUUGUGCAGGAUAUGUUAAAAAAAUCGCAGUCAGUAACAAGCUGAUCUUUUUUCCUCCUCAAAUGCUUGGUCAGGUUGUUCAAAGCUGGGUUAAGAAAACCCAUGGUUAAUGCUAAAUUUGAAUUCAGAUAUGAAACAUGUAAUAUUCAAAUCUGCUCAGGUUAAUUCUUUUUGUUUGGAUGCUCUAAAAAGAAUAGAGAAAAUUAUCCGAGAAAAUGUCUGUGAGUUAAAGAAAAAGAAACCCGAAUUAAAAUUUUACCCGGGUUAGCGCUAAUCGACCUACGAUCAACUGGGCCCAGGGCCAUAUCUAAGAAAUGAACUGCGUGCCUGCUUUUUAACGUCAUGUUUCUGUUGGACUUCUUGCGAAGUCGUGGAAGCCAUCGUCAAGUUUUAACAUUGUGAGGAAGAAAUUUACAGUGUGGCACGAAAUUUUUGCGGGUUCUAAUUUUUGCGUUUUGUGCGAUUUUUCCAGCGAUCCGCAAAAAUAAGUUCCCGCAAAUAAAAAUUACCGAAACAUUUUUUCCGCAAAAAUUUACUCCAGAGUAAAUAUUCUCUAGCUUAAAUUCGCAACUGAAAAAUACAGCACUAAGAAACCGUGUCUGUUCAAUCACAACUUGUCUCUUUCAUUCAGAAACAAAACGGUAUACAACGAAAUACUGGUCUGUUGUUUGAAAUUAUGUAUUUCUAUUGCAAGUACUCAAUAAAAACGAAACUAUUAUCAAUGCUGUUUACUGAGUACUUUCUGAAAAUCGUAAAUUAAAAAUUAAUUCCCGGCAAGAAAAACCAAUCUGUCCUAAUCGCAAAAAUUAGUUCCCGCAAAACACAAAAAAUCGCCAAUGUGCAAAAAUGAACUUCCGCAAGAAUUUCGUGCCACACGGUAUCUUCGUUAUAAUUGAGAUUAAAUUCUUUCUGAUACGAACACCGGAAAAGUGACUGUUAUCUUCAGUUUAUUUUAAAAUGUAAAUUGUUUAUCGAAACACCAUUCCAACAACUACAUGUAGAUACCGUGACAAACGUACCGCAGAACAGAGGCGAGACUAAUUGAUUCCCUCUUUUGUAUCAAAAUAUCAACCUUUCCUUGUUUGUGUGUGCACGUUGUGCAUUCCUAGACGAGUCAACAACUAACAACUGUCCUGUUCUCUAAAUCCAGGGUGGGAAAUGCUUUUGGCUAGAAUUUGAUAAAAGCCUUCCCUCUUCAGUAACUUCAGCGUGGGCUGCUUUUGGACCCUACGGUCGAGUAAAAAUCCGGACUUAUGAUGAAGAUUGUACCAUGUUUGGAAAGAAAAUACCUCGUAAGUAAUUCCCUCUUUUAAGACAUUUCAGUAACAAUCUUUUUUAUUUGUCAGUUCAUAGCUGCGCGUAAUUAAUGCUGGAUUCUCUUAAAGUGCGUGCAAUUUGUACAGUUAUUUUUUGUUUAUUAAUCCUUAGCCCCUCCGCAAACGCCUUUAGAGGCAAAUAUGAUUAAAUAUUUUCCAUCAUUUAUAUUGUGUUAAAUUUUCGCAACGUAAAUCCAUUCACUAAUUCUCUGUAUUUUCCUCCCUCUUCCUGUUUUUCGGUAUUCCUUUUCCAAACUCGUUCCCAGGUUCUCAGGGCGGGUAGGAGAGAACCCUGGGAACGAGGUUGUUCCUUCUCCUGUUCUGGCAUGAUUUUCCUGUUUAUCGGACCCAAACUACCUUGGCGCGUUAUGGCGUCAUUCCGGUCAAAACUCUGAAGGCGGUAUAAUUUUCGGUAAGGAAUGCCUUUCUUCAUGUCCAGUUAGAUGUUUCCAACGAAUUCUUUGAGUGUCAUAUUGUCAUUACAUACUUGAAAAUGGCUUUUCGAUUCAGACCCUUUCCAACCCAGUCGGCCAAGUUCUUGUUUUUUAUUCUCCCAGUGAAUUUUCAAAAAGUUGCCAUAGUACGGAAAAUUCACUUUUGAUUAAUCAGUUCCAAUACUUCUUUCCAAGGUAGCCAUUCAGUAGAAAAACUUAGAUUGCCACGUAUGUUCCUUUCUUUCUUUUUCCACGCUUUUCUUUCUCAGCUUUGAAGCAAUGUUCAGGCUUUUUGGAAUUUUGGCCAGUCGCGGGAAAUGGCUCAAUUUUUCGAGAAAUGUAUGUAAACAAAAACGCUAGCCGGGUGUGCUUUCCAUAAAAAUCGCGUCAUGUUUUGCUUAUGACCUAACACCUCUUUGUCUUCAUUUAGCUGGACGACCUGGACUCGUUACUGUAACAGUUACUACAGAGAGUGGAGAAUGUUUAGGAGAGACAGUCUUCACGUACAAGAAUCCAAAGAAAAAAAGAAACAACCAAGGACUUUCCAAUAAAAGAAAGGUUGACGAACUUUCUGCUAUCGUUAAAGAUUUCGCGAAGAAGCUUAAACAGUUUCAACAAGGCGACGACGGCGAGGAAAGUCUGAAAUCAGCUUUUCAACAAGGUAACUAAAAAGAAUUACGAGAGAGUUAAAAUAUCUUUUCUUUUAUAAAUUAACGUAGAAGAAUAAGGAAAACAGGUUUGUUCGGUUAUAUUUAGUGCUGCGAUUUUUUGACUUAUGUCCAGAAAUGCACAUAGUGCGGGUACCUGUGAUAUUACAAGACAUUUAUUUGCAAUUUCCAUAUUACUUCAGGCCAAGAGCUUAGAUCGUUCUCUCUUGUUCAGGCUAAGGGACACCUUGUGAUCUCCACUUUAAAAAGCAUGCAUGAGUCUUUGAGGAUAAGAUCGAUUUUACAAGAGUUCAAGAAAGUUAGUUCCAUUCUCUGCUAAAGGUUUAAAAAUAUAGUAUUUUAUUCAUUUAUCUUUUGAAUACUAUAGCAAACAAUCUGAAACUGAAUUAGGUGUCGCUCAUUUCCCGUUCGUUGAAAAAUACUACAAGCAUGAUGUGCUUGAAGGGGAUCCUUCGAAUUUUCGUCGAGUUUUGACGUCAGUCUUCCUGACGCAAUUUUUGACCUACCUUUGCAAACGGAACAAAGACUUGCACAGCUCAGUUUGUUAUUGCGCGGCCUUCAAUGUCAGAGUUCCCGAGUUCUAUUGGCGGGUUUGAUCUCCAUCCUUGUUUCGACUUCUGAUGGAGAGAGGGGGGUAAAAUGAGCGCACUGUCGGCUUUGGGUUAGUAGUUAGAUAACGACUAUUUCAAGCUGUGGACGUAAAUUAAGGACCCUUUAUCCUUUGCCCUUUAUAUUACCCGCUCAGUUUGGAAAAAACUUCGAGACCUACGUUGUAGGUAAUAAAACAGAAAUUAUACCAAGCCUUUUUUAAUGUUAAAAGCGCGAGAUUUUUGUGUUUUUGUUUUUGAGAUUUUUUUACAUUUUACAUCGAUUUUACACGAAAAUCGAUCAAAUUCAAGUUGUCGAUAGGUGACAGCAUAGAAAAUAUGGCCACAUAUUCGGUGGUCGUGCAAAAUGUUUAAGCAACACUCCAUCGGGGUUUACUUCCAUUGUGGAAGGUGCGUGGCAGUGGAGCCUUGUACCCAUUUCCCUCAACAUGAUUAUGCCUAUAGCUUUUUCUUGUGUCUGUGCUUGGGUUAUAACUUUUGAAAUAAUGUUUCUGUUGGUGUAGUUUUAUGUUAGCUUUCUUCUCCAGACUACGAGGUCAAAGAAUUAAGAGUUACACUAUGUCACUAAUCCCAAUCCUAACUAGUUUUGCUUAGUAUUUAAAUCGUCGUUUUGAUAGGUGUUUGUAGAUAUGUAGUUGAAGGCGAAUUUAGGAAAACAAGUGAAAGGAGAAAUUAUUAAAUGGAAAUAGCAACGUAUUCUUGUUUUUACCGCAACACUCAGUUUGGAUAUAGAUUAAAGGAAAAUAGUUUUAGCGUUGUUACAUAUUUAACAAUUAUUCUUUGAAAUCGAGGUGAAUAGUGGAUAUAUAUAUUUACUGAGCCGCGAAAACGGCGAGGUAAAUAUUCCCAUAGCCACUAUUCACCGAGAUUGAAAAGAAUAAUUGUUUUAGUAUAUACACACAAAGUGAUCUCAACAAAAUCAGAGAGGAAACCAUUAAAAGGUACGAUUUGAUUGACGGAUCAAACCACGCGUAUGUUUAAAAAUAGAUCUUUGCAGAAUUUUCAAACAUGGCAAUUCUCAAGUUUAUCACUUCGCAAACAACAGCGUAAUGGCUUAAAUGGAACCGCCGUUAAAAGUUUGAAUUGUUCCCUUACCUAAGAAGAAAAGUAGGGCUUUGUUGUUUUCUGUUGACUCGCCAAGUUCAUAGCCAAAAAGGUUUGUUAUGUCGUUCUUCGUAUGAAGUGCUGACAAAAAUGGCGGCUCGGUUUCUCGAGGUAAGACGUCGUCUUCCUAUAGCAUUCUUUCUCCUAUUUACUUGAAACGUAGAAUUUCUGAAAACAUUUGCUUUCAAAUUUAUUUUUCAUAAAUAAACUUCGAUUUUUGAGCCAAAUGUUUCUUGUUAGGAAACGGUGAGUUCACGAAACGGCCUCUUCUACGCGAAUAAACGGGAGUUGUAAACAAUCCAUCGAGCACAAAACUCAGCUACAGUAAAUGGAAAAACGCCGUUUUGAAUCCUUUGAAGUCUUUUCUUGCCUUGUCGACUUUUAAAAGAUCAUUCUCUUAAAAAAAUGGGGAAAGAACCGAGCUCACACAUUAUCCACUCGCUAGGAGGUGAAUAUUUUUUGGAUAGUCCGAGAUAGUGAACCAAUCAGAUUGCUUAAAUCACCAAGAUCAUCGGGUGUGUAUAUAAUAGAAAUUGAUAAGACUGGUAGAAUAUCGUGUUAGUACAUACAAACGUAGUAUGGAAGUGUUGUGUAUAUCUAGCGGCGAAAGGAAACAUGCUGAUGUAUUAUUCACAAAGCUGCCUUUUUGGUAAUUGUUUUAUAGGACCUUUAGAUCAAGAAAAACAACUCGAUCCAGACCGCAUUUUGAAACCGUUGGUUUACGCAGCAGCAGAAGCCGGUGCCAUGGGACUCAUUGAAACGAUCUUUAGUUUGCCAGCUGGAAGAGUUGUCUUUGAGGCCUACAAAGGAGAUUCUUCUUUACCAGAAGACAUCGCAGAGGAAAAUGGUUACGGAAAGGUUGCAGCAUAUCUCCGAGACAUAACAAAAAGGUUAGCUGAGGAUUUAUGUACGAUUCAAUCCCUUAUAGCUUCGGUUUUCUGGGCCUGGAUAAACAUAAAUGCUACUUUAGGUCUGCCUGACAAUAUGUAAUGAAAAUGCAAAAAUGGCCAUUUUUUAAAAAAAAUACUUGAUUGAUUUUAAUUUUUACAUAUUACUUUACACAAAACAAAAUACAUUUUUUUUUACCUUUCAUUGCCGAAAACGUGAGCAAAAGCAAAACAGAUCUGAGGAACAAUUUCUUUCUAUGUUCUCAAUAAAUAACUUGAACAGAUAUGUUAAAAAAGGGACUAGGAUUUCUUUUAAGUCUCCUACAGUAAUUCGUAUUCUGCAGGAAAACGACCGACUAAACGAGCCCUUAUGGGGUGAGGAUGAGAAUAAACUUGCCAUACUUUGGCAAGUUUAUUCUCAUCCUUACGAUUUAAGAAAGAAUUAAGCGGUAGCUGUCUCUUACGGUAACAGACAGCUACCGCUUAAAUGUGUUGUUCUUGUUUGUUGAGUUCCAAAUGUGUGAAGUGGACUUUUUUGUGUCAGGUAUUCAGAAGAGCAAAGCACCAGCCCAGAUCAGUCAACGAUUGAUUGGCUUGAACUGACAAACGCUUUUGAGGAACUUGAACUAAAUCAGUCUGGUAAGUUACAGGCUGUCGUUUCAUUUUCCAAACAGAUUGCUUACCGUUGCUAGCAUCUGAACCGCGUAUUUUUCUCUCUUAUAAUUUAUCUUCUCAAUAAUCGUUUGAUAACUGAUUAAGUCGAUCUUAUCUAAAAGAACGGCCCUCAUCUAAGUCGGAUAUUAAGACAUCCCUAUUGCUCAAAGCCGAGCGGAAGAGAGACAUUUUCAGAAGAAAUUUAAUUAGUUGUCGAAGAACUCGUGUUAGGUGGGUGAGGCCGUGUUUUUGGAGUGCCCAGUAAACAUUAGGCGCUUGAUGAACGACUAAUCGAUCAAUCUCUUUACAACGGCAAUCUUGGGGACAGAGGCAUGGGGCCGUUGGAGAAAGGUGGCUGUUAUGGGAAGGGAAGGAUGUAUUUUAGGACGGUGAGGGUUUUGAAGAAUGCUUAUUAUAGCAUGUUAAUACGAAGAAGUAUGAAACUGACUAUAUCAAUAAACCAGAAACUCGGAUUCAAAGAAAAAUGUUUGCAAAACAAUGUGAUUUAGGGUAAGGAGUACAUUUGUUUGUACAGCGUUUGCUUUUAAAUGGCCGUUCAGGAGAGGUUAUUGGGGACCCCACGAAUCUACCACUGCGACAGUGACGGUAAUGGGAACGCGUAAAACACAACAGGGACUGAGGUUUAAGAUACGUAAAAGCGGGUUCUGAAGCAGAUUUGUUACUUUGAUAAACACCCGCAAGCUUGAAAGCGCGAGUUACCGCUGACCAAGGACACAAGGAGGAGUGAGCAAUCUUAGGAACUAGAACUAGGAGGGUGCGAUCUCGGUAUUGGAUCGUUUUAGACCAACUAACAACAAGAAAGAUGCCCCACAGGAACAAUCGAACAUCGCAUUUUCGCAAUUGGCGCUUGGUAUCAGAUUCCGUGAUGGAAAGUGGCAGUAAGUUUGACUUGCGGUAGAAGGAGAAAAAUGCUACCAAACAUGCUACCCAAAAGGUGGCGUCAAACGAGGAAUCAAGAUGUAAAUGGUAUUGCAUUUUGUGAAGAACAUCCGGUGUAAUAGGUAGCUUUUGCGUCACACGUUCUCCAUUAAUUCGCUUUAUGCCUCUCAUGAGGGGAGUUUUCUGAUGCUUGAAUAAGGGGUCUUCAAGAGGGUUAGGGUAGCCAUACUGCAGGUUUAAAAGACGAACAACGUUGAGAUAAUUGAAAAUGCUGCUAGUAGAGAGUGUUCCGGCGAGGAAGACAAUGUAACAGAGGAGGUGGAUAGCGAGGCAGGGAACUGGAGUAUAGCCGAAGAAGAGACAGAGGCGAAGGUAUGCUCGUAGCUGCGACUUAUAACUUGAUGCUGUGGAUUUGGCAAAGGCAUGGCUGCGGUUCAUUCUCAGUUCUUCCUGUAGUAGCUGCUCCUGAGUAUGGACUGCACCUGUCAUAGAAGAGAAGAGAAAGCUGACAGUGAAACCUAAGCUUGGCGGUCGAACGCUAGAAGACGGUUGUGGAAAAGGUCCUGUAGCAUUCUGCAGAGUGUAGGGUCAUGAAGGCGUGUGAUGGCGUAGGCAACGGUGUUAGCCUUUGAAGGGAUGUAACGCGCGGUGAUUCGAAAAUUUUUAGUAGAAGAGAGCCAAACUGUGGAGCGCAACCAUUGCAUAACUUGGGGGUUGCGACUUUUGCCUUUGUUUAAUGCGCUGAUAGUCGUUUGGUUAUCAGUGUGGACAACAAUCCACAGGUUUCUUUGAGGUUGAUAUGCGCGUCUGUUAGAUCGGGAUGGUCAGUAGCCCAGUUGGUGUAAACCCAAUCUCCCUGAAAGAACCCUCCUCCUCCGAUAGGAGGAUAGGAUACGAGCAAGAGAAUUCUUCCAAAGCGGUUGGUGUUUAAUCAACAAAGAACGCUUUGCCAUUAAAGACACUUAGAAAACUUGCCCACCAUGAUAAAUCGGCUGUCAGGGACGUGUUAAUGUGCACGUGGUGAUGUGGUCGCGACAAAGUGUUCGUGAUGUCGAUUAUUCGCCGCAGGAAUGUCCGGCCUCCGAAAACUACACGUGCCGCAAACUAAGUGUUUUCGUUACAAGAAAAGCUUACAAUCCUGUUCAACGCGUCAGCUGGCUAGAAUCGCAUAAUGACUCACACCUUGAAACUUAUUGUGUUUAUUUAAGCCCGCUCAAUUUGUCAUGUGUGGGCGACUUUACCUGGAGGAGUUGAAUUCCUAAUAACGGUAUCCAGAUUCGAAAAUAGAAUGGAGAGCCGCCGUCCUGUGUUCAAGUCUUCCAUAAAACGUCGCAUUAGGAAUUUUCAACGUUGUAGUCGUGCAGUGGACGUAAAAGAAAUGCACUGAAAAGGGUGAUGCACGUGCAGAGCUGUUGUUUUGCCCAUAAUACCUAUUGGGCCAGUUAUUUAAACCAGCCAGUAUUUCACAAAACGUCGUUCUAAGCCAUUUACAGUUUGCCCAACUCUUUUAUCUAAACCCCGUUUAUUAUGAACAGUUUCUUACUAAUCAUCUAGUGUAGAAAGGCUUUUAUCUUCUUAAAAUUACCCACUUGGGAAUAGAUCUGAAGUGUCUAUGAUUUCUUAAACCGCGUCUAAGUUGGACUUGUUUAAAUAACCGACCAAUUUUUUUUUAACGUAGUGUAGUUGCCUUCCUCAUCGAGGUUGCUUAAGCUCUCUAUUUUGGCAGCUGGGACGCAAUUUAGUGAUCGUUGUCGGUGUGGAGUGGUGGUCAUUAUAGAGAGUUGACAAACAGAUGUGUCUUAUGUAGACAGGUGGCCGUAAGUAGUAGAAGUUUGACUGUAGGAGUCAGAACUAUUGCAUGUGCCCAAAUGUUCUCGAACGCGACAUGAGUUCAACCUUAUUACAACCAUUCUUUUAAAAAGCAGCCACAGAUACCAAUUUAACUUGGUUGGCAUGUUUCUUCUCGUCAGUGAUAGAACCUUCCUCUGACAAGGAAUUCAAUCAAAUUGGGGAAGACGAUAUCACGGAAACAGGAUACUCCGCUGAUGGUGAAACGUUAUCUUCUGAUUCAGAGAAAGGAAUUUCUGAUUCUGACGAUGGUUUGAAUAAGAUAGGCACCUGCAAAGGUAAGGAAAAAUAAUUGCUCAACUAGAAGAACCUUGAAAAAAAUGUAGGCUUCAGUAUAUUUUGUUCACUUCAUCUGUCUAUCAUUAUGUUUACUUAGCGAUACAUGUGUUUAAGUAUGAAGUUAUUUAGUAAUACCAAAUGUAUUGUAUCUUUCAAACAAAUAAUAACUUUCAAGUCCUUAUCGGGAAUCUAAGCCUUGACCGUCUUACGGAUGGAAGGCUCAAUCACUGAGCUUAUAGAGAGAUCGUGAAAAGCAAGGUCUGUAAUUUUUCUGAUUCUUUUAAUGUUGUAACUUCUAACUCAUUGGCAAUUUUUGCGCGUGUUGCAAAAUCAGGGGAGAGGUAUUGAUAAAACGGACCCGUCGAUAUUUGCCGUUCAGUUUUUCGAUGUUAAAACAAAAAUCUACGUUUGUAUUUGUAAAUCAAUUUUUUGAUCGCAAGAAUACUUGUUUUCCUUGAAUCCUGCGAUAGUGAAUCUGGGCAGCUUGUCGCAAAUGCUAAAACGCAAAAACAAACAAACACAGACACAAGUGUUUUCCAGCCGUAAUCCUCAACAAACUGCAAGCAGUUCUGUCUACAUGAAGUCCUAUGAAAAUUACAAUGCUUGUAUCUAAUACGGAGUACCUAAGUUCCGAGUUUUAUUGCAUUUUUGAACGUAAAUUGGCAAAUUAAAACAAAAGUAUUGUCCAAGGAGAAUUAGCAGUUUUGGGGGGCAGCAAAAGUGGGCAACAAACAAAUUAAUAAAUGGGUCAGGAAUAAAAUGCGCGGGAAACUAUUGUUUCUCAAACCUGAAUUGAAAAGACACCAUAAGUGGGCGGGGAACAAAAGAAAAAACAAAGCAUGUUUAGGCAAGUACUAUAAAGUUUAGAAAAAAUGUUUUUCUUAUAAUUUUUAACUUGUACGCUGUAAUGUAAGAUUAACAAUCUUGUUGGCCCUUGUCUUUGGUAUGAAAAUAAAAUUGGCCAUAAAAGGCUCUCAUUUUGCCUCCUCCUAUUGUUAUUAUAUCUAUGGCACUUGGACACCCUUUCAUAAGCACUCUUAAACGGAGUGGCAUGUCCCUGAAACAGUAGACGGCUUUUAGAUGUCGAGGUUGUUCAAAUUGAGAAACCACUUAUUAGAACGCGGUUAUGUUGAACACGCGAGACUCAAGCCUUUUUAAUAUAACGGGUAAAAUUCAUGUUAAAAUAAGACAUUAGGCAUAAUUUCAAAUACCUUUAAUGAAAGGAAGCACAACAAAGUUUAAGAAACCUAACAUGCCGUACUGUCAGUCAAAUUAGGUUUAGUCCUCAUUUUCUGGAAUGGCUUGGUUGACCAACAACAGUAACAACAAUCAAGCUUUAUUCACGGUGUCACUUCAUUAAAAGUGCUCUUUCAGUGAGCCGUUCACGUAACAAAUUUUAAGAGAAACUACGCUAAAGUAUAUAUAUAUAAGUCAGGGCAGAAUUGAAAGAGUUGAGAUUUAUCUUAUCUUUUAGCUCUUUUUCUAGGCCAUUCCACGACUGCCCCCAUAUAGCUUAAAGCCCGCUUAGCACCUUCAGUACGAGGCCUAGGUACAAAAAAAUUGUUCAAGGCGCCUCGUACGUUGUUGGAAUGAACCCGGGAAGUUGGUUUAAACACGUUCGUUAAUCUCUCGAUGUAAAGGUUAUUCAGAGAUUUAAAAACACUUAUUGCAAGCUGCUUAGAGCGUCUUUGCUCAAGGGUAUCUCAUCCUAAGUCUUGGAGAAUAUCCGCAAAUCUUCUAUUUGCGGCCCGCACAGGGCGCGCAGCUACCUUUUUUUGUCUUAAGCUUCUGAGAACUCGAUUUGUUGGUAGAUUUUCCUAUAAACUUGCACACCGCUUACUAUGAUUAAUCAUUACCAUUUGAAACUUAUUUGACCAAAUUUUAACAGACGGGUUUUUGGGUAAUCAAUAAUAUAAUUGUACUGUAAUUAUUAAAUGUGUCACAAAAUUCGUCCGUUCAACUUCAUUUUAAAGUUCUCAUUAUUAAAAAUGCGAUAAAAGUAAAAAUUCUGUCAAAUAUCACAAAAUUUUAAUAAGUAGAUUUCGAGUUAUCGUCUUCUGUGUACCAUUGAUUUUUUCGCCGCCAUGUUUGUUUGUCUAAUUUAAAACACGCCCUACCGCUGACCGCUCGCAAAACUGUGUUCAGCCACCUUCACCAGCGGACGUUUUUGAGGUCACAAAGGUCAGAAAAGUUGGGCCUGGUCUGGAUCGAGAACGGCACGAAAUUCGAAGCUUAAGCAAUGAAUGGUUUUUGGUAUAACGCGAGUCAAUUCGAAAUGAGAAAGAUCUUUGUCGCUGAAGGUGACUCGUACUUUUUCUUUGUCCCAUUCUCAUAUGAACAUUUCAUCUUUCACCUUUAUUCUCCGAGCUUGAAAUACCAUCUUGUAGUAUUUGAUUGUGUACACACAAAUAGAACGAAUGAAAAUUAUAGUACAUGAUAGCAAAGUUAGCGGUCCUUUUUAUUUGCAGUUUCGUAAGUACAAUGAGAUUUAGUUUGCUAUUCCUUUUUAAAGUCGACUGCGCUCAAUAUAACAGGCGUUUAACACGCAGUAGCUACAAAAACGUUUGUUGGAUAAAUAUGCAAUCAACGCGAUGCACAAAAACACGCAGUCAUAACAUUUUAAUUCUAUACUUUUCCUUGUAAAGAAAUUAAUAAUUCAUGCAGUCGUAAUUAUCGGCCCUUAAAGUUACAGCAAGAUAAUACUCUUCUAAGUAAGAUGUAAGGUCACUUGAUGAUGAUCGUACGGACGAGAAAUCGAUUAAAUCUUACGUAAAUCUUGCCAUCGUCAAAUUCUACAACCCACUGGAGAUAGCUGGUUUAACCUGUCGAGUUCCAAGAAAGAGUUAUAGACUGUUUACCUGAUGUUUACACCUUUGAAAACAUAAAAUGGAUCGCAAAAAGGUUUUCCCUUUCUUUUAGGCCAGCAUUGUAAAUUGUAAAUAUCUUAUUAUCCACUCCCCAUAGGGCUUUUCAGGGAUAAUUUACAACACUGGUUGGGGGACUUUGCCAGACUGCUUAAGGUGCAGUUUACAUGUACUGAAGGAAUGAGUGAUGAUGCCCCCAUACAUGAGUGUGAAAAUGAGAUAGACCACUACACCGUGCACUAUGUGCCCUACUCUUUACGAAGAGUGUGUGGGUUCUUUAACGUCCCACAGAUUUAUUACAUGUGCAAGGGCUUGUUAGACGGGGCCUACGGUUUAUCGUCCUUAUCCGAGAAGACUAGAAAGUCUAACCAUUUGCAGAUGUUAUUACAAAGGCAGCACUUUCCCCUCAGUUAUUUAAAGACCCUGAGUGUUGGUCCGGCCGGGGUUUGAACCUACGGCCUCCCGCUCAGCAGACCGGCGCUCUCCCAACUGUUAGCAUUCUUUCUAUGGCUAAUAUUUACGCUGUUUACUGCGCAGUAAAAUUAGUGCUGCUCAGAAAAGGGAGGGUAAUGUGUGAUAUUUUCAAAGAAACUGAUUUAUUUUUGAAGUGAAGAUACUUAAGGAAGUCAGGUUUUCAGAAAGUUUAUUAAUUCUUCUUAAAAUUCGAUUUGUUUGGAAUAACGGAGGCCAGAAACAGUCACGAAGUAUUGAUGUUAGGUGCCCAGUAUCCGGACAGUUUUUUCCUUGCUGUACAGAAUCGAUGAUUUAGCUGUGCACAUUAUCCGGAUAAGAUUUAUUUCAUAUCAGUAACUAUAAUUAAAGCGUAGGAUAUAUGAUAUAGUCGUAAAAUGUAAUUCUACUCAACUCCCUAUGGAAAUUUUCUUCACUCAUUCAGAGGCGACGUGAUUUCGUGUGCACGGCUUGUUUCGCGUGACUGCAUUUUCUAUGUAUAACCGAAAGCAUCUGAGUUGAACCUGGAAUUCUCAUACUUUCCCCAGUUGUGACUGCUAGAAUGGGAUUGCAACGGUCUGAAAAAUGUCCCAAAGGGAUUGAGAGAUGUGAAAGAAGGAGGAAUUAGUGCCAGAAAAGCAGGCUUAUUGUGGGGACUGAGCAUGAAGAAAUCAACACUGCAGGUCAGACUAAAUAGGUGAGUGACCUUUGACCGUCAGAUUGAGGUCCCUUCCCCAAGCUUUUUUUUAAAUAAGAAAUGAAGAAAAAAAGUCGUUUGCAGAUUGGCUAAUUGAGCUUACAAACUGCGGCUUCGGUAUGUCCAAAUCAGUGAAAAAGUUCCUAGACAAGGAAGUAAGAAUUAUACGACUUUUAAAACAGCCGCUCGCGUUCCCCACCAUACUCCGGUCAUUUGUUAUGUUUUAUUUCACGAUGCUAGGUUAUAUUUUUGGAAUCGAUUGCCAGACUACUUUGCAAGUGCAAGAGAAGCUUAUAAGUCGCUUGCCCGUCGAAAUUUAUGUACAGUUACGUUGUUAUUGUUGUGUCCGGAUACUGGGCCAGCUGUCCGGAUACUGGGCAACAUAGGAGCUCUGCAAAAAUAUUAAUUUCGCGAUGGAAACCAAGGCAAAAAAGUUAAACUGUCUUUCGUCAUACUAAGAACUAAAUAGAUUUUCUCUAGGCCAAAUUUCAGAGCUCUUGCGAUUAAGAAAGGAAAGUUAUUGCAAUCUUAAACUGAAGUGUCCGGAUACUAGGCAACAUACUGUAGCAUGAUUUGUACGUGAUAUUUGGCAUAAAUACCACUUGUGAUAUUUCAAAAUCGUCUCAAAUUUCACUGGCCUAACGGCUCGUGAAAUUACGUAUAACAAUUUUGAAAUAUCACUCGUGGUAUUUAUGCCAAAUAUCACGACAAAUCAUGCUAUUACCUAUACAUAUUUCCCUGUUACUUUUAUCGUAACGUGAAAUCUGCAUAAUUGUCAACAUCGAUUUUUCUCUAAACAGCACGAGAGAAAAACGUUGAAAAAAGCAAUUUUUUUGCGGUUUCAAGUUGGUGUCAAAUAAAGAAACCUGAUUGGCUCUCUUGCCUGGGGUAUCGAAAAACCCUAGCGAUUUACCAUGUUUAAUAUCAUGGGCGUAACCACGGAUAUUUCCCUUGGUAAAUUUAUCUCGGGAAAGUCUGGUCACACGCACCACGCCAAUUUCCCGCGGUAAAAGGGUCAUUUACCAAGGUAUAAGUUUCCUGUGUAACCGCACCUAUAGUUUGUAGUGUAGUAGUAUGAAGUGGGAGGGGAGGGCCGGGUAUGAAUGACAUCAGCUAAUUGCUGUCUUGGUAUCAGUUUAGGUGUGUAGUAUAUCUUAUGUUUUCGUCUCAUCCUUAUCAGUGUAAUGCGUAUUUGAUCAUAUUCUAAUGUUGAAAUGCGAAAUAGAGACAUUACCACGAUUACGUUUUGUCACUUGUUAGGAAUGAAAGGUUCAAGCGAUGUUUCAUCAAUAGAUGUCUUUUUAAUUUUAGUUAGAUUUUCAAUUAACAUGUUAUAUUUUGUGUAUAGUAUUCUGCUAUUAUUGACUCACACGUAUGCUUGUGGGUGUUAUUUUCAAUAAAGACGUCAUCAUCGUAAAUAAUAAUAAUAAAUAAUAAUAAUAUUAUUAUUAUCAUUAUUAUUAUUAUUAUUUAAAUCAAAAUUCUUUUAUCGAUAACAAAGCUAACUAUAAAAUCCUAUUUACAAUUAAUUUCACUUAAAAAACCAUUCAGUCAAAGCACUAUUUACAGUUCCUUUCGAUUCAAAAAAGGACACCCAAUUUCGAUUGAAAAAACUCAUUCCAUUAAAAUUAUGAUAUAUAUUCGAAAAAAAAAUCAAUUAAAAAACGGUUCAUCUCAACUUAACUAAAUUAGCGAGCUCCCGCCAUUUAAAAUCACACACGCUUAUUAUCAUUAUUAUUAUAAUUAAUUCCGAGCGUAGCGACUUUAUAAUCUCGUCGCUCGCGAAGCGCGCGCACAGUCUGCUAACCGCGAGUGGGCUUAGCCAGCUUCAAAAUUCGAUGCCCCAUAAAUCUAUGAUUAUAUUCUUGGUGUCCGCCAAUGACGUCAUGUAGCGUUUCGUCAUGGAGCAUUUUGCGUUUCCAGGCAACAUAGACUUUGCCGCCGAUGACUAGGGUGCAUUUCAUGUAUUAUUCAUGAAAGGCUGUUGUGUUUAUUCAUCUUCUGUGAAACAUUGUUUACCCCUGAUGUUUACAAUCAGUGAAUCACGAACAAUUUCCCAUGCUAAUGACAGAGAGCUGCAAGCACAGCAAGUGGCUGCAAAUCCUCGCCGAGGAAGAUUUUCCAUUGAAACUCCUCUGGAGAACGCCGAUUAAAAUUCAUCGACGAGCGGAUCGAAGAAGACAACCGCUAAGCAGAGAGAACAUCGCUUAGCACAGCGAAGGCAACGUCGUCAACACAGCGGCCACAAACGUGUACAGAAGCAGCGACAAAAUACUAUAAUUAUACUGUAAACGAAACGAAACCGAUGAAGAGAGGGAAUACCGACUGCCGACGCUUCAAAAAAGCGACGAGACUGGAUCAGGCAACGCUUAAAGUUUAUAGUCAAAAUUAUCUUCUUCGAUGCAGCGAUAUAGGCAGCAAGAAUAAUAUGUACGUCAAGAGUAUCUUUCCAACGGACUUGGGACAGCCGAUCAGCCUUUACACCAUGAGCAACAAUGGGUUUGACAUAAGCUUUAUUUUACAAUGAACAGUUUAGAACACCGAUAAUGUGUGACAUGUUUAGGGAAGCGUUACAUUUGUAAACAAAAUCCUUGCUGAACAAAAUUUUCGUUUACAAUUUUCAUUACAUUUACUUCCCCAAAACCAUCCCAAGUAAAAUAUAUUUUCAAUGUAUAGCAGCGUUAUACAUAAGCUGUGUCUUUUAAGUGAAGCAUAGCAAAAAUUUAUUAUUGCUGGCCUCCUAUUUUUCGAUCCUAUUUAAGAUUCGAAAAGAACAUCUGAUUUCGGAUCUCCUCACAAUAUUAGUGUGUGACAUGUGUUACCAUGCCAGGAAAAUUAAUCAUUCCCCGUAAGUCAAGUCAGGGAAUCUCAGAAUAAGUCAGAGAAAAUGUAACUGUUUCAAAGAAGCCAGAGGGAGGUGACAUAUUCCUGCAUAUUCACCGAAGUUAAGCAUGUUCCAUUUGCAGAAUAUUGUAUCAAGAAAUCAAACGACAAGCAGAUAUAGGGUUUCUCAGGAGAUCGAUCCAUUCUUCACUUUACAUUUACGAUAAAUUUAUGUAUUAAAUAGGUGGACAGUAUGGCUGUGAUGGGAGUUUGGGCAUUUAUUUUGUGUACCAGACACAGAUGACAUAAAACAAAAGAACAAGUAACCAUGAAAACAUACCCAGCAGAUUUUCCCAGAACAGAAAACAAAGAAGUCUUUUGUUUUACAUUAUCUGUUUCCAGUACACGAAGUUUUGACUGGAAUUUGGAACCAUUAAUAUCUGGACAAAUUGUCAAUUCAUUUGGUCAGGGAAAGUGUACAUUUGACUGUCAGUCUGGGAAUUUAAAAAACUAUGCCUCUGGCAACCAUGUCUCAACAAGCUCAUGCCUGUUGAGAAUUGAAAUACUGAUCACCUUCAGCAUUACUUGUAUGUGGACAUUUCAUACAAAUUCACUCUUGCACGAGUAUUUGUUUCUCAUGCAUGUACAUAAAGAACUAUAAACACUUUCAUAAAUGAUUGGUAUUUUUUACAGUGAUAAUUGGUCGUAUACAUUACUGCAACAGCCUUCUAUUUGGUUUACCCUCUGUUCAUCUACUUAAACUGCAACGCUUACAGAAUGCAGCUGCUCGGCUUAUAUCUAAUGUCCCUUGCUACAGUCACAUAACACCAGUACUAUGUUCGUUACAUUGGCUUCCUGUCAAAUUUCGUAUUGAUUUUAAAAUACUUCUUUUUACUUUUAAAGCUAUCUACGGUCACCCGCCUGGUUACUUGAUCGAUUUGAUUGCUAUUAAAGAACAGCCGCGCUAUAAUCUUCGUUCAGCUAGCGGUCUUAUCUUAAAGUAUUCUAGUCUAAAACUGAAAAAGACUUUAGGGGAUCGUGCUUUUUCAUCUGCUGCCCCUAAUUUAUGGAACAAUCUGCCCCUUCACAUCCGUCUUGAGGACAAUUUUGAACGUUUUAAAUCUUUACUUAAAACGUAUCUUUUUAGACUAGCUUUUGACAUGUAAUUUUUUAACCUACUAUGUAAUAUAUUUAGUGUUUUUUAUCUUUAUUUAAUUUUUAGCGUUCUUUGUUCUUAGCCUUAAUUAUUUUGCUCAUUUGAGCUUUUAUUUUCUUUUAACAUUUACGUGUUGUCACGUGCUUUUGAUCAUAUUUGCAUGGAAAAGGCGCGCGCGUUAUGAAUUUUUAAUUAUUAUUAUUAUUAUUAUUAUAAUUCAGUGCUAAUGAGGGUACCGGAUAUUCAAUAAUCAUGAGUCAUGAUCACUUUCGUAGUUCUCCCCAACUGCAUCCUUAAUCAGGGGCGGAUCCAGGAUUUUUUUUAGAAGGGGUUGCACUCGUCUCUUGCUCUACUUCAACUCCAAUAAACCACAUAGUUUUUUUUUUUGGCAGAAUACCAGUUGUAUUAGAAAACCGCAGGUCAUCUCAGGGGGGGCACCCCAUGCACCCUCCCCCUAGAUCCGCCCCUGUUAAUGACAUAGCCUGGGACCAGGCUCCGCAGUUGGGAAAACAGGAAAAAAACGGGGUCAAAUAGGAAAAAUAUCACAUUGCUACAUGUAAUUUCUAUUUUGGUGUAAGUGAUUAAGUUUACACCUUACUGUUACAAACAAUAUAUUAGUUGUCAAGUGUGAUAAUGUACUACAACCAGUGCAAACACUCUCUUGCGGUAAUUCACUUAACAAUAAAUAUUUCUUUCUCCAAUUACAGCAUUUACUUGUUAUUUUCUCUGCAGCAUUAUCUCCUACCAUUUCAUCCACUGACUACUAGUGACACACUUCACAAGUGUCUAUUAUUACACAUUAAAGAUAGCAUGUGUUAGCUGCAUAUUCGCCUGCAGUCAUUCAUUAUCACACCCAUUUUCUUUUCCUAUAAUUACACAAUAGGAGAGUCAAAUGCGGUGAACACGGGACCUGUGAAACAAUGGCUACCUUCCUUAACAACACUAACCCCAUUUAAAUCCCAGAAAAUCCUUUUUAAUAAAGAGCACUGGGUUGAAAGUUACUCCAACCAAAAGGCGAUUAACUACAUCUCACCUUCCAAUUGUAGAGCCAGUGUUGAAACUCGCCCUCCCUAGAUUCACAAUUUACUCCAAUUCUCUCCCCCUUCCAUCCCUGACAUUUUAUGGGCGUGACGCUCCCCCCCCGAGCUUCGCGUGGUUCUGCGAUACACGCAUUUCUAUUAUUAUCAUUAUUAUUAUUAUUAUUAUUAUUAUUAUUAUUAUUGUUGUUGUUAUUAGGCAUCCUAGGGUUUUUUUAUACUGUUAGGGUCACUAAUUGCCCCAAGAACGUCUGCGUAGGAGGCUAGUCACUUUCGUAGUAAUUUGCCGCAACCGUAAAGUAGCGACCGGCCAACGCUUGUAAUAUGGUUAAAACUGUUUUUAGGAUACAGCAUAGAUGAAAAAGUUCAAUGGAUGGGCCAAGAGGGAAGGGACGAAACAGCUGGAAUAUUGCCUGAGUCUUUAAGAAGUAUAGGACUCAAGAAUGUUGCCGACAGAUUAAUUUGCCCAAGCAGAGAUUCAAUCCAGGUGAAUGGAUGUGAGGGGGACUUUAAAAAGAUUUUGUUCCUGCGUUUUGUGUAGCUUUAAUACGCCAAUAGUUCUCACUUUUGUACGCUAGGAAUAAACCAUAUUAGAAUUAAUGUAUAUGGCUUAUACGAUAUUUUUUCAUUACAAUUGUCAUCGGCUCUUGAAUAAACUUCGGUUAUCUAGCUAUUGCUUUAUCACGCUAUUCGGUAUUGUGGUGUUCACCGUAAUAUUGUCGUGUUCUAAGCCUAAUCUCCUACAAUGUUUUAACUGAAAGAAAGUAAUUGAAGUUCACUUGGUGUUUAAUUUGAAUGUAACUGGUUCUUUUACAGAUAGCAUCAUUCGUGUAGUGUAAGGUAUCGCUUCCAUGGUUCUCAGGCAGUGGCUUACCGUUCAUUGUUAGCUAAGAAAGACCUCCAUAAGUGCAUUGAUUGCUCUGGAUUAUAUAAACAUGAAUAAAUUUUUUUUCUCACUUUAUCGGAGAAACAAUUGCAUUUCGCAUAAUAUUAUUAAAAAAGUGCAACAGAAAUAUUCUUUCCAGGGGGUACUCAACCAAGAUGAAAACUCACGGAAAUUCCAGGGUGUAGGAGGGCGUGACAAGCAGCCUCUGGAAAAGGAAAUUCCCGAAGGGUCUGGGUCUAAAGUAAAAGUGCCCUCCGUCAAAGGGGGGUGAAGAGUGGACAGUUUCUGGAACUACACAAUACAAGUAAAUUGCCUCCUACACCGGAGAAAUGCGGGUAGGCUGGUAGAACAGUAACACCAUUAUCACAUCUGGGAAAUGAUGGCUACCUUUAUUUAGCUACCCCCCAGACAUGUUCACCCCCCCAUACCCGUAGGCAAAGACAGUGUAUCUUAAGGUCACAGCAUUAACUUAUCAAGGUAGUCAUCCUUGUUAUAUCUUUCUUUCUGUGGGAGGGGAGCAGUGCAUAAGGUUGCUGUGUAGGCUUGAUCAAGAUUGGUAACUUAAGGUGACUCGACCCAGUUUUUUUGGGGGGGUACCAUCCUACUUUGAAGCUCUCUGGUAUCCCCACCUUUACUUUUAUCGUACGUCUAACACAUAGAAUGGAUAACAUAUAGAUCAAUCUACAAUAUAACAUAAAAUUUUUGGCGAUCGGAGUAAAUGUCACGUGGUUAUAAUGCCACGCCCCUUUGAGGUCUGAGUCAAAAAUCUGCUGUUGCCGGCAUUUUUUCGUGAAAUUCUCUCGGCUACACAUAGUGCGCAUUAGUGCCUUGCGCUGAACAGAGUUUCACCAAAAUCGCAAAGACCCAAUUCGAGAAAUUCAGCGGUUUCCAAAUUUAGGUCAUAAUUUAUGCGAAAAUGAUAAACAAACUUUACACGGAUUAUAUCUAAUAAACUAUGAGAUUCAUCUCUUUAUUUUGGGCAUCGUAAUAACAGAUGGGUCCUUGCAAGUCAGCAAAACGCUUUAGGGCCUUGUAAAUGCGCGCGAUUUCGAGCAAAGCAAACAUAUAGAAAUUACAGUUUUCGCUAUUUGUUGACGUUUGUCAGCGUUUAAGAGUCUUUCUCACGAAAAAAGCAUUUUCUUAAAAAUUCGUAGUUUUUUUUCCUUCAAAUUUUUUCAGGGCCACAAUGGAUUAACUAACUACCCGGACUCUGAAUUUCAUGGUCAUUGAAAAACCGUGACAUUAUCUUCUAUAAGCCCAAACUUGAGUAAACAUUGAAGAUUUUUAGCGUAUUGGCUGAGUUUGUGCUUUGGGAGUUGUCUAUUGUUUCUAGCCCUUCAUUAUACAGCAUUCUUGUUCAGCACGCGUGCAAUGACCGAUCGCCAAAAAUUUUAUGUUAUAUUGUAGAUUGAUCUAUACCUUAUCUAUUCUAUGUGUUAGACUUACGAUAAAAGUAAAGGUGGGGAUACCAGAGAGCUUCAAAGUAGGAUGGUACCCCCCCCAAAAAAACUGAGUCGAGUCACCUUAAGUUCUAUUUAACCAUGCCAGUUGGAAUUCUUAUUCGCAGUCUAUGUUCUUGUCAUUCUAAUCAUUUUAUGUUUCAUAAUCCCUGAAGAGGGCCCAUAAGGGGAGUGCAUUAUAUUAGCCAGUAUCAUUGUUAUGGGGUUAAGACAAGAAACAUAUGAUAAUGGUAAAGAUAUAAUAUUCUCUUCUCCUUCCAGAGCCUGAGUGAUCAACUGGUCCUUGCUUUAGAGAAUGAGAGGAAAGCAAGAGAAGAAGUAGAAAAAUUAAGGGAAGAAAUGAGAGCUGAAAGGGAAUCAGUUCAAGCUGCAAGACUGAUACAGAGGCAAAAAAGAGAGGUUGAAAUUAAAAGGCAAAUGGAUACAUUCAGUCACUCACAAGAGGCGGUGAAUCAAAGAAUCGAUUCUCUUGUCACAUCCUUAAGUCAUCUCUCCAAGAUUCAAGUAGAGAUUGGGGGAAGAAAACUUGGUAGGCAUAACUUUUUUAGUUAACUUCUUAUGCAGUCACACCUUAGGAAUAAAAUUUAGGUGAAAACUUCUCUGCUUGAGCCUCAGCCUUCUGGUUGUCUUCCUGUGCACAGAUAAUCACAUUCUGAAGAGUACACAGAAGCCUCCUCACAAGUCUCUUUUAAUCAAUCAUAUGGAUACCAUUGUGGUUUUUGAAAAAGUGUUGGCCUAAAAGUUCUUCAAAGUUCAUUUUUGUUGUUCUUAAAAUGUUUGAUAAAAAUGCUUUGUAAUUCGCUAAUAAGAAGCCUUACAGAAAGCACUUCUCAACUAUGAACUUAAGUUAUUUUGUUGAUUUUCAGAAUUGGAUACAAAUGAUGGGAUUUCAGAACAAGUAGUUCAGCUGAAAAAGGUACACUUUCAGCUCAUCAUGUAAUUACUACUUUCAUUACACAUUCUUACAACCUUAAGAUCUAUAAUAAAAUGUUUUUCGUCACUAACUUUUAAGUGUUAAUUCUUUUUAGGCUCUUGAUGAAUCAGGAAGGCAACUUGAAAAAACUCAUAGGAAUACCUUGGAGGUAUAGAAAAGGUUAUUUCCUUAUAUAAAUAUGUCAUAAGCCACUGCCUUUACCAAAAUAAAAUUUGUCCAAGGUUACAGUCAUGCAUUUCUUCCUUUUUUUGUCCUUAAAUUUUUCUUUUUCUUGCGCAAGUCACAGUUUUACAUUGGAAAAAAAUUAUUGAGAAGUUUGAUGACAGAUUCAUGAAUUACUUUACCUAUUGUUUGUAAGGCUUUACAAGAGUAAUGGCCUUAUUUUUUGCUUCUUUACCACCUCGUGGAAAGAGAUUGAUAUGACUUAACAAGAUUGCUGCUGCCCUCUAAAAUGUUCUUUUUCUGUUUGCAGAUGUAUGUUCAAGAAGUAGAAGAUCUGAAGGCUGAAUGUUCAAGAGGAGAUUUUCUUGCUAAGGUAUUUAAAUACUUAAGCAUUUCAACCACAGCUGGACACUCUUUGAAACCCAGUCAACUCAUUUGUGCUUGGAUUUGCAUUGAUGAAGGGCUAGAACUCCCAACAUAAGCUUUUGUAUACUUUUAUGAUAGCUCGUUUUACCUUUCCUCCCAGUUGUUGAAACCAGUUCUUGUGUUCCAUUAUCACACAAAUGUAGCAGUAAGGUUUGUUUAGAAUCCUUCCUUUUUAUUCACUUAUAUCUUGCAAUAAUAUACAGAUUUAGGGAGGGCUAAAAGCGAAGCUUCCGUUUAUAUACUUCUCAUAAAAGCAGCAAACUUUAAACUUAUUAACUUAAAGCCAUGGGAAAGAAAUAUUCAAAUCCCUACGUAACAUUUGGAGCCUUUCGUUUACCUGUUGAGGAGAAAUUAUCCCGCAAACACCACAGAAAUGAAUAGACUCUCCCAUCGAGCUCAAAGGCUUCUGUUAUUUAAAUUAUUGCACUAAAUGGUGGCAUAUUUUACAGUUAGAAAAUUAGCGAAACGAGCAAUAUUAGACGGUAGGGUGGUAAAUGAUCGAUUUGAACGUGUACAGUAAGCCGAAGAUAAGUGAACAAUCCUGCUUUGAAUUAAAGGGAAGAUUGGGUUGCCAGGACAAAUUCUUUUUACAAAAUGUGACACAAGCGUCUUUGCGACUUUGCUUUAAGCUCGCGAUCACUGCCUUAACCAGUGCGUCUUCGUAUGAAGUAAAGAGAUAGAUAGCUCAGAGGGCGUGCUUCUGGAUUUUCUCCAUGUCAUUGGCGAGAUAAUUGGGAAGAUCAGCAAAAGCAGCGGCUACAUAUUCAAGUACAGAUCUGACAAGCUUACAGUAGACGAAAACAAUAUCAUCCGGAUGGACUCCACUCUUCGGCCUAAGACUUCUCAGGGCGUAGAGCCUUCUGUUGGCUUUCUGUUUAACACAAUCGCAGUCAAAUCACCCGUGAUAGAUCUUUGGUAAUGUGAACACCGAGCAACUUAAAUUAAUCGAAGGACUCGAUGUACGCGCCGCCAGUGACAAUGGGCUGCCACACGCAACUAUUAUUGCUAAGAAAGUCGAAACUGUAAGCUCUUUCCAGUUUUUGGGAUUAAGCUUUAUCAUGUUCAUCAGAACGCAUCCUAAUCUUGUGUUCCUGUGGCACUAAGGCAGAAAAUUUUGAGCAAUCACGGGCGACAGCAAAUUAGCCACCCCGUAUUAAUUUUUUCAAUGGCAUCUCGGCCGCAGUGAACUGGACUCCUUUGGAAUCGUUUUCGUGCAGAUGUCAUGCUCGUGCGUGGUCACGUUCUUCGACAUUGACCUCUUUCUUCAUCGCUUGCGUAUUUCGAAGACGUGGAGUGUUUGCUUGGUAUAUAAGUUAAGUAUCCUGUAAGACGUACUGUUAUUCAGGUGUCUUCUAGGUUGUAUCAAUCCAAGUGUUGGUGUUGGGAAAAGUGUGUACGACUCGGCCUGAUUUCAUUAUAAGCUUUUCAAGGCUGUUAUUCUUCGUUGACUGGCAAUUGUUUUGUCACGCGUCCGCUCACAGGUAACCCAGGCUCUGUGAUAGUAGCACAGCACGGUUCUAGUUAAAUUACAGUGCUUGUAUGGGGUAAAAAUACGAUCCUAAAAUUUGUAGGAGAUACUAAAUAUAAGUCAGUGAAACUUACCAUGCAGUUAGUUGUUGUUGUACUUAUUGUUCCAAAGAAGUUUCGUGAUAGUUUGUUCAAAUUCACUCUAUAUACAAUUAUAAUAUACAAGGUAGGAGACAAGAGAUGCCAUCUUCGCCGCCAUGCUCUCAUUCAACACAACUUUUUCCACGACAUUCGAGCUCCAACAAAUAAUAAAAAUUCCAGGAUCGUAGUAAUCGGAUAGCAGCAGGUAUAGAAACCAAUGAAGCUUUCACAGAUAGAAAAACGAAUCCCGCAGACUUUGACAAACUCGAAGGAUGUAAUCCAAAAAGGCCGAGAAUAUGUUCGCCGAAGUAGCCGGGCCAGAUCAACGCGCGGCCAAGAAAAUGAGACCUGGGCACUGUACAAAAAAAAUCCAUCCCGGGUGUCCUGGGUUGACCUUUCUAGGGACCGAUACAUAGCUUUACCAAAGUUAGCCACCCCUGUUGGAAAUACAUUUGCUCGAGGGGUAUUGUUCUAGUAUGAAGCACUCCUUGUCCGCCGAUUUAAAUAAUUUAUUAGUGCAAAACCUCGCUAUGAAGACAGUUUUCGAUAAUUGAAAGUUAUCUAAAUAAAUAUUCACUUGCGAGUUAAAACAGCAUGGCUUAACAGGGUCGUAAACGAGAGCAGUAAUGUGUGAAGUGACCAUGGAAACAUUUUGCAUUAUCAAUCAGAUACCAAAAGAUUAACACGGCUCAUUGAAACUUACCUUGGAUGAGCUGCAUCUUGAAAUUCAGGUCGUUGAAAAACUCCCUCAAAACUCUAGAACGCUCUUUCCACCGCGGGGAGAAGAUAGAAAUUAGCCGCGAAGCAUCAUGGGAUAUAUGAAAUUCUCCCCUUUAUGUCGACAGGUUGUCAUGAUAACUAAAUAUCGUAGUAUUGUAAAAGAAUUUCUCUCUCUUUACCAAGCGAAACUUUUCAUUUCGGUAUAAUGUGCACAUGUAAACAGUUUAUUGUGCAUGCACUUAAAGCACUUUCUGUUAUUCAUCAUUUGCCGGAUUGACAUUGUUAAAGCUGAAGCAAUUUGUUUUUCAAAUCUUGUUUAAUAAAAUUCACUGGUCCCUGUUCCUAAAGUUAUUGCUAUGUUAAGAACUAGUGGACUAAUUGCAAAUCCUGCAUUUUCAUUGGCUUCCCUACUACAAGACUAUUAACAUCAGUCCUCUAGCAGUGGAAAACACAAUCGAUCAAGGCGCGUUUCUUUCCGCCAAAAAAAUUGUUUCAACUACUAUUAUUACCUUUUUGUCUGACUAAUUGGGUAAUAGUGAAUUAGACCCCUUGCCCUCAAGGACCGGACGACCGGUCAAUAGCAUAGCUGACCGUACCACAAAGUAAAGGGCAAUAGGCUACAUCUGAAGGAUACUCGCAACAAAAACACCACCUUCAAAAAAUUUAAUUAUCUAAUUAUCUCUUGCAAGCUAGAGAGGAAUGCUUUGAAGUAUGUUGGUCAUAAGAACAAAUUUAUAGCCAAGUUUUCCAUAUCACCUGAUAUCAUAAACGUGCUUCGACCUGAAAAUGGUUGUAGCUGUUGUAGACUCGAUGAAAGUAAGUUUUACGUUGAAAAAUUUCGAUUCUUCUUGGCCACUGCCGCGGCAUGAAGUGAGGGUUACCGAUUGAUUUAGUACAGCAAACGUAAGCCGGAAAACCGUCAGCUUAAUGGGUUUCGAAAUCAUAUUAUGAGAUGAAGAGGUAUACAAAUCAAUUUCAUAUCUCCAGAGAAUACAAGACUUUCACUUAUCAAGCAUUUUUAAGGCGCCCGUGGCAGGAAAGCAAACGCUGAGUUCUCAUGCAAACCAGUCAGUGAACUGAAACCAGCUGACACUGCACAAAACAGGUUGAAACUCAAGCGGGUAGAAUUCAAAAUUUUCAGAGCUAUCCCCACUAAAAUUUGUCUUGAAAGAACAAUAAUAAACAAACCUCGAUCCUUUAUUUGAGUUUCCAAAGCAAAUAGCAUAUUUAAGGUGCAUGCACAGAUAUGCCAGUGACUGAUUCCUUUUUGUUUACUUCAGAAAUAACUGUACUCUUGGUUGCAAAUCGUCAACGGAAUACUCUGAAAAUUGUAUGUUCUGCCUGUGUAGUUAAAUAAAAUAGGAGAAGAAACAGCAUACGAUUCCGAUAUGCAUGCAGUGUCGACUACAAGGUAGAAGCAAUUACGUUUCUAGUUAAUUUAUUAGGCCAUGAAAUGUACCAAAAACAAAGGCAUUUUUCAUGAGUAAAAUUUCAUGGUUUUUAAACCUUAAAUUUCCAUUUAAAACAUUAUUUUUCUAUCACCAUUCUCUUAAAACUCUUUAAAGAAUGUGCUAAAAAUUUCAUGAAAAAUUCAUAACGUUUUCACACGAUGUUGAUUUGAGAGUGUGACAUUACAGCAAUAUAAUCAGCAUAUAUGUACGGGCAAAGAGUAAUAAUAACACUAUGAUUUCUACAAAUUGAUAUUGUCUUCAAAUGAAAUUUUACAGUAUCAGUGUGAUCUAUAUGGGGCAGUUAUUAAAGCAAAUUCAUAACUUCAAGCAUAGUUUAAGAAAAUAAGUGCCUCCACAAUUUUGUUUCCAAGCGGUGUAUGACAUUUGCAGACUGCAGAGUGCAGACCACAGACUGCAGACCGCAGACCGCAGACUGCAGACUGCAGACUGCAGACUGCAGACUGCAGACUGCAGACUGCAGACUGCAGACUGCAGACUGCAGACUGCAGACUGCAGACCGCAGACUGCAGACUGCAGACUGCAGACUGCAUAAGGCAGCAAGACUGUAAAUUGAAUGAAACCAAAAGUAUCGUAAUAAAGGUGGCAUCAUCAUCAACAUUACCUUGUUCCGAGAAGUACAUGUAAGGCCUAGAGGCGAAGUUUAUAUUUUUCAUGCGAAUUACACCGACCUCAUUCCUAAAGGAGUUGUUGGCUGUUCUUCUCGUAUUGAAUUAGAGCAGAAUAAUGUCUGCCGAUGUCACAAACUCGCUCAUGAAUCCAUAGCAACAGGCUAGGAAUUUAGCCUGCACCACGGACGAAACUAAACUCUGGUUAUAUAAGUCUGCCUGUGAAACAGCGCCGGAAUCGUUAUUCUACGGGGGCCCCACCUGUGUACUAGGAUUUGAGUAUGUUAAAAAAACCCAUUGUCGAUUUGCUUAUUUAGAAAUUCAAAAUGCACUUCCGGUAAUUCGUCGAGUCCAGGAAGGAUCUGUUCGGUUUAGAUUAUUUAGCAUAUCCUUAAAUACUGCUAAGAUGAAAUACGUCAUUUAAAAGGUGUUAAAUGUCUGUGAUCUAUCCUAGUUGUUUUUGUUGACGUAACUGUAGUGAGCACGCAAUCUAAAAACUAUUUUUUUACAGAAGACUACCAUUUAGACAGUCAUUAGUGGGCAUUGCUACUUGUUAUUAUCAAUUCACAAUGAUCAAAGAAGAAUAAAGAAUCAACGCAAUUAGUGAUAUGCUGGGUGAGUCAAUAAAGAGUCGCUUCGGUGAAGAAUAGCCAACAGCAUCUUGGAAAUGAGGCCAACUUGGCUACUUUCUCACUUUCACACGAUGUUAUAUUUUUCAUGGUGUCACCUUUAUUAGGAAGAUUUUUGGUGUCUUUUAAUUUGCAAUCUGCAAUCUGUGGUCUGCAGUCUGCAGUCUGCAAAUGUCAUACACCGGUUUCCAAGUGAGUAAGUAGGCAAAUGGAUUUCUAGCCUGAACUGUAAGCGUUCUUGAUACUGUGAUAUAACCGCAAACAAAAAGAGACUAAAAACACAGUUUUGUUAAAAAUCGUCUAAACUCUGUUUUGAUAACAGGCCUCAUAUGUGACGGAAUAUACAUUUGAGUUCAAGGUGAACACAUGUAUAUUAGUAUAUCAUUGUGAUAUUGAUGUAGAAAUUAUAUGCACAAAAAACUGAGCGUGGUAUAAAGUUUUGCCUAUAAUUAUUAUCCUCCAGACAAUAAAUAGUGACACAAUAAAGGCAAAUGAACAGGAUUAGACAUUGAUGUUUCGAUUAGCCUUAUGUGCCUUUUUAAUGAGAUCAGCAGUUAUUAAACAAAUUAAAUAAAUCCACUCGUGAUCAGUAGGUGAGUAACUUAAAUUUACAUUUAAGUUCAUUUUGGGACAUGUGAGUCAGUUGAACUGAGUUACACCGUGUUGAUAUUAUGAAACCAAUUUCGUUUGCCAAAAAAUUCUAUCCAGUUUGCUUUUUACUUUUUACCAGUUUUAUAUAAAUCAAGCUUUUCUGAAAAUGCCAUAAAAAUAAACCAACAGAUCAGGCUACAAACCUGAAGUUGUUUGUGACUAUGUGUAGACACAACCAUGCAUGUAGUUGACAGUACAUCAGACAAUUUAUAUUGCAAGUGGAAAGUGCAAGGGUAAAUUUGUGUGUGAAUCAACAUACGCAAUUUGUGUGAAGUAACUUGAAAUUCUAUUGCCAUUCAUGAUCACCUAGGAUUUACAUGUGAACGCUCAUCUGAAACCCCAUGUGAAGUGUAUGUGAAAAUUUGUGUGAAUUAGUAGCAUGUGAAAUUCUAGAUCUUUUGCCAUUCAAUAAGGAAUAAAUACAUGAGAAAGUCUAUGUAAAACCCCAUUUGAAGUGUACGUGAAUAUGUGUGUGAAUUUAAGUAGCAUGUGAAAUUCUUUUUCCAUUCAGUGAGAAUUUAUAUGUGAAAGCCCGUGUCAAACCCAUGUGAAGUGUAUGUGAAAAAUAUGUGUGAAGGGGUUGACAUCGUUUCACACCCUUUUCACAUAUAUUCACUAUGCAAAAUUUCACAUGCACGUGAAAUAUGUAUGUGAAAUGCAUGUGAAAAGAGUGAAAAUAACAAACAUUUUGAUGAGGAGAUGGAAUCAUAAUGUCAUUUUAAUUCGAUGCAUUUCCCGUUUCUUAUUAGCAGUGUGCAGGCGGUGGUUCCCUGGCCUAUCAGGAGAUUGAACGUGUUUAGUGUUGUAUAAAAGACUUGUUAUAUGUUUUGCGCGGCCCUUCCAACUAUUACCAUCAGCCUGUACAGACAUCCCUUUCACGCUUAGUUGAAAAUUUUUCCCACCACCUCCCCAGUCUCCGACCUGCCACCGUCUACAUCUUCUUAUAGUUUUAUCUUCUUUAGUUUGUCAUCAGUAUUUGCUAAUUUGUGGCGGAGUUUUGUCCCCACCUUUCCUGAAGAGAUGUUAAUUAGUUAAUUUUAUCAUUGGUUUCAAUUAAAAACGUCACGCUUGUGGCCAUUUAUCCCAAACAGUUGAGAUUCUUGCUCGAGUCAUCUCUUCAGCAAACCAGUGCCCCACCAUGCGGAGCGCUCGAUCGUUUUCGUAAAUUCGGUUGGGGGAAGACUCGCAAUAAAAGGACAAUUUUCACACGUUUUUUCGCAUGAUGUUUCACAUACAUACUCCUAGUAGUGAUUAACCCUAACCUGGUGAAGAGUUCAUUGUCACAGGUAGUCACAUGACCAGCUGCAACCAGGGUUCUUUCUCUAAGCGAGAGAGAGAACCCCGAGAACAAGGUUGUCAAAAGAAUCCUGGCAGAAAGCAGAUUACAAAAUUCUAAAUCCUCCGAAAACUGCAAACAAUCACUCGCUAGAUGUUCUAGAGAUUUGCAUUUUACAGGCUCACGUAAAUAGCUUUCUCGGUAGCUUACCGGCCAAUGUAAAGCACUACUUUUAAAGCCAAAAUUGGUAAAUUAAACUAAGGCGGAAAAAAUUUCCUACACUUUGGAUGUUGUUAUAAACAAUAUUUAAUGAAAAGUGUGAGCUUAUGUCAAUUCCAAACAAUAAAAGAAAAAGCUAAAACUAAGCUAUUCAGACUCGAAAGUCUGAUGUUUUGAAUUAGAACUUGCAGAUUUUUGUUAACGUUUUCUUUUACAAAGGUAAAGCGGAAGAAUUAAGACACGGAUAAUGAGUGAAGCAAUUAAAAAAAAAACCCUCUCAGCCUGAGUCAAAUUUUGCCAUGUAAACGUUUCAAGGUGGGGUAUCACGAAUCCGACCUCGGCUAGGCGGUUUACAUCAAAUUCGCGCAAAAUUUACGUUGGCGUUAGCUUUGCAUCAUUAUUAAAGAAAACAAUAGAAAGCCACAGCAGUGAAGGUUGCGGCAAGAGCAGCAAGUGUGUGUAGAAAAGCAUUAAUCGCCAAAACACGUGGUUUGCCAGCAUUUUUCAGAGAAAUAAUGGCUACCUUUAUUUAACUACCGCGCAGACAUGUUCGCCCUCCCACACCCGUUGGCAAAGGCGGUGUAUCUUAAGGUCACUAAUAUAUAGAUUUAGCCAGGGCUAAAAGCGAAGCUCCCAUUAAUAAAUCUAUAAUUUAAAUCAAACAAUAAACUUGUGAUCCACAAAUCAGUUAAGUUAAGGGCACAUUCAUGUGACUUUUGAGGGAAAGGCUAAGUUAUUUCUUACAUCGAGUUGAUAGCCUUAUAUGUACACCCAAAAAAUAGCAAACAUGUUCGAUCACAUUCAAGAGCCAUAAUGGCUCUUGAUCACAGUAGAUUAGGCCUCGAAAACAAAUUCUUGGAAAACAAAUCAGGCCGAAUUUUUUUUGCGUUCGUCAGGUUUACUUUACAAAUUCUUGCCAACAAAUCUGGACAAUCUGGAGUGUGUAAACCAACCUUUCAUACUCUUUAUACAUCACAUCUGAGGUGAAACAGUUCUAUUUAUCAUACAAACCUCGGACAGAAUGCGGCAUUUCACAAUUUUUUAAGACAAAUUGCACUUAGUCAAUAUUCAGAACGAUCAAUCGUGGGCUUUUAGCGAAACCGUUCAAAAAAAUUCCAAAAUCACCCAUACGGCCAGCCGGUUCUCAUUUCUAGUGCCAGCUGUCAGUCUGGUCGAGUGUUUGAAUGAACUUUAAUAGAGUUACGCUUCAACAUAAUAACGAAUUUAUUAUUAUUAUUUUUUUGUUAUUUAAUGGUUUCAGUUAUAACGAUGUGUAAUCUUAUAAAGCGUUUGAUACGCGCGCGACAUUUUUUAGUACUCCUGGAAGCGAAGUUCAUGAAAGAUGAAAACAAACGGCACCUACAAGCGAUUAAAAUUGCAAGAGAGACUACUAACAAUCAAUAAAAGAAAUAUAAUUCGGUGAGACAUUUAAAGAGGCAACAAUUUUCAUUCACGAAGACAGGUAUUAAAGUGUCUUACUGGUGUCUCAAAAAAUCCUGUGUCUUUAAGCUUAAGUUAAUUAUGUUUUACUUGAAGCCGGCCUCCCGGUGUUUGCUUUUUUCAAAGAUGAACUCCUCGAAGCAAGAAAAUCGCUCAAAAGUUUCUUUCUAGAGCCAAAUUUAUAACUUAAUAUUCUUCGGAACGUUUUCUUUCUAUUUGCGGUGAGAAAAUAUAUCUGAAGACCUUUUAAAGUUCUGUAAGCUUAUAUCAAACCUGACACUAGGUCAGAUCGUUGACUUAAAUCUUACAAACGUGCAUAAACUUGCCGCAUAAACUGUGCUCGACUUCAUGAAAUUAGAUAUAACAAAAACAAACAUCAAAUACAAUAAUUACUCAGGCUUACCAUUCGUUCGAGAUUCAGUUCCUGAAAGCUAUCAAGGAAGGCCACAGUUGCUUGAGACUUUUAAACCCUCUAACGCAUUAAGCAAGGUGAAAAACAAAAACGAUGCCAUCCGAAAUCGGAUUACCGAAUUUUGACAAGCGACGCAUUUCUCAACCAAAAACCCAAUAAAGAAACCAGCCAUGAAUAACAGAAGACUCUUGAUAGAAGCUGUAUUUCAUUUUGUACAUCCGGUCGAAAAUGGCAGUUAAAAACAUCACAAGUUGACACAAAAAUCUGUCAGCUUCAGCUGUCAAAGUAAACAACUUUCAAGAUGCUGCAUAAAUUUUCCGCAUGAACUCACCUGUCAAAUUUUGACCAAUCAGAGCAUAAAAAUUGGACGUAGAGCGUGACCAACGCGUGACCAUGGUAAGAAAAGGUCUUAUCCGCCAGUAUUUUUAAAAAAACUGACUGAAUUUUCGCGUCCGAGGUCAGUUUGAAAUCAAAAUCUUAAUAGUGCGGGGCCAUAGUGACAUAAACACAACAAAUUUCUUAUGAAUCAUUGGAAAAAGUAAACUUGAGCCUGCGAUCAUUUGAAACUGGUAAUUUGUCAACGGAUAACUGCAAAAAAGUACUCGACCUCGAUGGGUCGACACUUGAGCCCGCGGUACGGUCAGGUGAUACUGGUCAGCGGAUAUCCUGUUUUGACAGCUGUCAAUUGAUCACAACAUUGAUAUGCAAGUAGUUUUCUCCUCGGCUCCCACACUCCCUAGAAAGUGUGAGAGUAAACAUUGGUUGUCCUGUGGUGCGGACGGACGGUCGUUCGUUCCUUCGUUCGGUGUACGGUCACGUGAUUACCAAAUUUUCUUGGAUGGGUAGAUUAUCUUAGCUAUGGGGCUCCGCCCACGCGCGCUUGGAGCUCCGCUAUAAUUCGGGGAGACGUAUACAGGGAACAAUUUUCAGGAAGACAAGUCUUCAAACUUAAAGCUCAAGUUUAUGUUUUAAGCCGGCUUCCCAGUGUUUUCUUUCACAGCCAGAAUUAUAACAAAAUAUUCUUUGGAACGUUUUCUUUCUUUUUGCGGUGGGAAAAUGUCUAAAGGCUUUUUAAAGUUCUGUAAGCUUAUAUCAAACCUGAUACCCGGUCAGAUCCGAUUGUCUCAAAUCUUACAAACGUGCAUAAACUAAAAAGCCGCAUAAACUACGCUCGACUCCGUUAAAUUAGACAUAUAGAAACAAACAUCAAAUGCAAUAAUUACUCAGGCUUACCAUUCAAGAUGCAGCUUCUGGAAGCUAUCAAGUAAGGUUAGAAUCGCUUCAGACUUUUCAACCCUCUUAUGCAUCAAGCAAGGUAAAAAACGAAAACGAUGCCAUCCGAAAUCGGAUUUCCGGCUUUGACAAGUGAAGUAUUUCUAAACCAAAAACCCAAUAAACAAACUAGCCAUGAAUAACAGAAGACUCUUGAUAGCAGCUGAAUUUCAUUUUGUACAUCCAAUAGAAAAAGACAGUUAAAAGCAUCACUAGUUGACACAAAACUUUGUCAGCUUCAGCUGUCAAAGUAAACAAGUUUCAAGAUGCUGCAUAAAAUUCUGCAUGAACUCACCUGUCAAAUUUUGACCAAUCAGAGCAUAAAAAUUGGACGUAGAGAGUGACCAUGGUGAGAAAAGUCAAAAGCAACUGUCUUCCCUGCCUGUAAUAGCUUGCUGAAUUUUCGCGUCCGAGGUCAGUUUGAAAUCAAAAUUUAAAUUGUGCGGCUCCCAAACACAACAUAUUUCAUGAAUUAGAAAAAAAUUAAACUUGAGCCAGCGAUCGUUUGAAAACUGGUAACUUGUCAGCGGAUAACUCCUAAAAUAUUCCACCUCGAUAAGUAGACACCUGAGCCCACGAUACGGCCAGGUGAUACUGGUCAGCGGAUACACUGUUUUGACAGCUGUCAAUUGACCGCAACAUUGAUGUGCAAUAUGUUUUCCUGUGCUCCUAAACUAGCUAGAAAGUGUAAGAUUAAACAUUGGUUUCCCUGUUGUUCGGACGGACGGUCGGGCGUAUGGUCACGUGAUUACCAAAUUUUCUCGGAUGGGUAGAUUACCACAUUUCCUUAGCUAUGGGGCUCCGUCCACGCGCGCGCGAAGCGCGCGCGUCGAGCUCCGCUAUCAUCCGGAUGGACUCCACUCUUCGACUCUCAGGGCGUAGAGCCUUCUGUUGGCUUUCUGGAUAACACAAUAGCAGUGAACCACCCAUGAUAGAUCUUUGGUAAUGUGAACACCGAGCAACUUAAAUUAAUCGAAGGACUCAAUGUACGUGCCACCAGUGGCAAUGGGCUGCCACACGCAACUGUUAUCGCUAAGAAAGUCAAAACUGUAAGCUCUUUCCAUUUUUUGGGCUUAUAGCUUUAUCAUGUUCGUCAGAACGCAUCCUAAUCUGGUGUUCCUAUGGCACUAAGGCAGAAGUUUUUGAGCAAUCACCGGCGACUGUAAAGUAGGCAUCUCGGCCGCAGCAAACUGGACUCCUUUGGACUCGUUUUCGUGCAGAUGUCAUGCUCGUGCGUGGUCACGUUCUUCGACUUUGACCUCUUUCUCCAUCGCUUGCGUAUUUCGCGGACGUGGAGUGUGUGCAUGGUAUAUAAGUUAAGUAUCCUGUAAGACGUACUGUUAUUCAGGUGUCUUCUAGGUUGUAUCAAUCCAAGUGUUGGUGUUGGUAAAAUGUGUGUACGACUCGGCCUGAUUUCAUUAUAAGCUUUUCAAGGCUGUUAUUCUUCGCUGACUGGCAACUGUUUUUGUCACGUUGUAUUCGCUGUGAAGAAUCGCGAAGCUUUUGUACCAUAUCAAACAAUUAUAAGCUUUUCAAGACCGUUGUUCUUCGCUGCCUGGCAAUUGUUUAUGUCACGUUGCAUGCGCUGUAAAGAAUUGCGAAGCGUUUGUACCAUAUCAAACAAAAUUUUAUAACCCACGGAGUUGUUGUGCUCGUUGAUGGCUUAUCAAAAGGAAAGAGCUCUUUUCCAAUUAAACUUACCGAGCUGUGUAGCUCGGCGGGUGUUAUGUCAGGUUGUUAUGAUAACUAAAUAUAGUAGUAUUAAAAAAGAAUUUUUUUCUCUUUACCAAGCGAAACUUUUCAUUUCCAUACAGCUAUUUCGAGAAAGGUUGUCGGAAAAAGUGCACGUGACAAUCCCGAAAGGUGUAGUUGUGGGUGGUUUUGAGUUUACUGUUCUUUAAAGAAAUUUUGAAAGAAUGGCACGAGAGGCCAUGGACGUAUGUUUGCGAGUGCUAAAGGAAAGCAACAAAAGUAGGUUCGACAGCUACAGUGUCAGGAACAGUGUAUUGGUAAUAUCCCAUACCUUUCGGGAUUGUCGCGUGCACAUUUUUUGCGACAACCUUUCUCGAAAUAGCUGUAUACUGUGCACAUGUAAACAGUUCAGGUUCAUUGCGCAAGCAGUUAAAGCACUUUCUCUGUUAUUCAUCAUUUGAUUGACAUGGUUAAAGCUGAAGCAAUUUGUUUUUUCAAAUCUUGUUCAAUAAAAUUCACUGAUUCCUCUUCCUUAAGUUAUUGCUAUGUUAAGAGCUAGUGGACUAAUUGCAAAUCCUGCAUUUUCAUUGGCUUCACUACUACAAGACUAUUAAAAUCAGUCAUCUAUCAGUGAAAAAAACACAAUCGAUCAAGGCGCGUUUCUUUCCCUCCAAAAAAUGUUUCAACUACAUUACGGAAUCGCGCCUGUAGAUACGCGUCGCUAGUAAAUGCAAAUUUUUCUGUCAAUCAAAUGUGUCCUAUUAUUUGUAGGUGGAAAUUGGUAAAACAUUGUUAUUGUUUUGGAGACAAUAGAAGAACAAAAGAUAACAGAAAGAUCAAGUUAUGCGGUCUUAAAGCGUGUUGCGUGACUUAAAUCAAUUGGAGCAUUUCUCCUAGCUUUCCCGCAUUAAAACGUUGGAAUGAAAAGUCUGAAGCUUAGCUUUUAAAAUUUUGAUAGCCAAAAUAAAAGGGGUGCCCCAAAAGGGAAGCAUUUGGGAAUUCAAAAUCGAUAUUUUUGUCGUCAGCGAAAUCCGGCGGAUGAGCAGUAAUUUGCAUAUAAGCGUAAGUGAAGCGAAAUAGAUACAAGUUGCCGUGGUUGUAAACACAACGUUUCCUCGAAGUUUUUUUCCUUUUGAAAGGGUAAAUUCGCAUGAAAGAGCUCAGCUUGCACAAAAUAAUAUAAAAUGAAACGAAUCAAAUCGAAAAGUGGUAAAAAAAAGUCAGGAUAUUUCAAUUCGAUGGAAAGUAAGUGAUUGGGUAGGUGAUUUGCAUACUGAUAAAAAUAACUUCUAGCGCAGUUCAAAACCGUUCGGCUUCCUGAAUUGUUUUCCUGGAAUUCUAAACAUUCUGCUGGCCUAAAUCGUUAAAAUAUGUUAUGAAGUCAAAAUAUUUAUCAAGUUGAGCGUUUGCAUUUCCUUAUAAAACAGACAGUAGCGCGAAAGCUUCGAUCUAUAGAUUUUCUUAAGUUAAAUUACCUUUGUAUCGUGGAAACAAUACCGUAACACUUGAGUCUUGAAUAAAAGGACGCGACAUGCGUCGGCUCCCUUUGUGAGCGCGCAAAUAGUCAUGGGACCCACGAUUUUGCGGGCGACACGGAUCUACAGGCGCCGUUCCGUAAUGACUAUUUAAUAACAUUAUUAUUACCUUUUUGUCUGACUAAUUGCGUAAGAGUGAAUUAGACCCGUUGCCCUCAAGGACCGGAAGACAGGUCAAUAGCUGACCAUACUACAAAGUAAAGGGCAAUAGGCUACAUCUGAAGGAUACUCGCAACAAAAACAGCACCGUCAAAAAAUUUAAUUAUCUAAUUAUCUCUUGCAAGCUAGAGAGGAAUGCUUUGAAGUAUGUUGGUAAUAAGAACAAAUUUAUAGCCAAGUUUUCCAUAUCAUACACGUGCUAUCGGCCUGAAAAUGGUUGUAGCUGUUGUAGACUCGAGGAAAGUUAAGUUUUACGUUGAAAAUUUUCGAUUCUUCUUUGCCGCUGCCGCGGCAUAAAGUGAGGGUUACCGAUUGAUUUAGUACAGCAAACGUACGCCGGAAAGCCGUCAGCUUAAUGGGUUUGGAAAUUAUAUUAUGAGAUGAAGAGGAAUACAAAUCAAUUUUGAUAUCUCCAGAGAAUACAAGACUUUCACUUAUCGAGAAUUUUUAAGGCGCCGGUGGUAGGAAAGCAAACGUCGAGUUCUCAUGCAAACCAGUCAGUGCACUUAACGGCCGUGAACUGAAACCAGUUCACACUGUACAAAACAGGGUGAAAAUCAAGCGGGUAGAAUGAGCUGUCCUCACAAAAAUUUGUCGUGAAAGAACAAUAAUAAACAAACCUCGAUCCUUCAUUUACCUUUCCAAAACAAAUAGCAUAUGCCUGAAUACAUAUUACUGCCUCGAGUUUUAGCUCAUAUUCAGUUGUUCCGUUGACCAAAGAUGAAGAUAGAUAUAAUACAUUAGCCCUACCCUGGUGAGGAGUUCAUUGUCACAGCUAGUCACAUGACCAGCUGCAACCAGGGUUCUUUCUCGAAGCAAUAGUCCAGUCAAUUUACGCAUUUUGGAGGCUCAAGAUCAAACUAAUUGCAACAGAAUUGUUGUCAAGUCAUUUAAGUAAGGGUGGCCUAUCUAGCAACAUACUAAAAAAUCCGCCAAAAUCCGUUCGGCGGAACAUGUCAAAAUUAAGCGUCAAACAUUUUGAGCUUUUGACACAGGGCACCAACGUUAGUUGAAAUUAUACGGUUAACAAAAUAUGCACAAAAUGUGUUUGCUACUUUUAUGGAAAAGUGCAAGAAGAAAGAAUAACUGGUACCUAGUUUUCGCUGAUAAAAACGAAGUGUUUCUUUUUUCAAAAGGGAUAAAUAUUAACCAUGGUUGGCUUUUGCACAGGAAGCCCAUGUCCCACUCAAGGAACCCUAAAACAACAGGAGGCUUUCAGAGUAAUAGAGUGAACUGUUGGCUGUAAAACUACGACAAAUUUAGUCGUAAGACUUUAAAUCUGAAAAAUGAAAGCCGUUGCUUAAUCAUUAGCUUUUAAAAGAUAUCCUUUUUUAACUCGUGGGUACGCGCGAGCGUACCACGAGUUAUUGCAGGGACUGAGAUAUGCAAAUGAGUCACUCACUCACUCGUAGUAGACGCACUUCGUAAUUAAUCGGGUCCGAACUCGAGAGCGCGAAGAUCUAUCGUUUCCAAAGAAGGACCCGCUCGCCGAAGUUCGGUAGCAUCAAAUUCCUCGCUGCGAGCGUGCAUCGUGCGCUACAGCACGGUUAGGAUAGAGGUCUUACCAAAUUUAAGACAGGCAGGAAUCUUUCAAAUUAGUACGAUUCAAAAGCCUUUGACCCGCCCAGGCGUUAAACUUGACAAGAAGAUGAGCAUUUGCUCUUCGACUCCUUCAACUUCGACGCUGGCUUGAUCUCCUACCUUGUAGCACUGUAGUAGGUUAUGUGUAUGAAUGAAUUUAUGGCGGUCAGUAUAAAACACGGACUGCGGACUACGGACUGCGGACUGGGUAUAAAAUACGGACUAUAAAAUACGGACUGGUGAAAUGUAUGGUAUUUUCUUCUUAAGGACUCCCCAAGAUCACGGGGGGAAAAUGGAUGUGAGUUUGAGCAUUACCUUUUUAAAAUAACAGCGGAAAUCGAGAUAAGAAAACAUAAGCUAAUGUUUUGCGUCCUACUUCGCGGAGGAGUUGUGUCGGCUUUGUAUGAAAUGCGUUUACUUGUCAGUAGCCUGGUUUCAAUUAGCCUUAAUUUCAUCCCAUUGCUUCGAGUCGUUUUUAUGGCUCGAUCGUUUGCCGCCGGAAGUUCCAUGGAAAAGGCAUUAAAUGCGAGACUUUUUGCCAAAUCACGUGACCAUCCUCAAUGGCGUAGUGACUAUGUGAGGUCGGGUCAAACCGAAGGUACCGGGUUCAAAUCCCGCUAAUGACCUUCUUUUUCCCUUCUUCCUUUUUUUUUCUUUUUUUGUUUUGUCUUGUUUGCUUAUUUGUUUUGCUGUUUUUUUUGUUUUGUUUUUAAAUAUAUACUUAAAUAACUGUUACUAAAGUGCAAUAAACAGCAAGAAAAGUAUUGUGUUUCCAGAACAAGGAUAGUAUAUUUGUAACAUGAAUUUUUAUCAUUUUCUAAAAUUCACUGUGGGAAAACCAGAGGUGAUAACUAACUGAUUAUUUUCUAAACAACGUACCCACGAGUUGACGAUAGUCUUUCUUUGAUUAUCAGAUUUCUGUUAGCGUCAAGGGUAAGAAAAAUAUAUAUCAGAGCUGGAUUUUUGAAUAACGUUACAGCCAAAACAGAGCUCUCCCCUCAAACAGUUUUUUUCUUUCAACAACUAUCUCCAAAGCUUGAAGUCAACAUAAAGACUAAGAGUACAGCCGUUGUUCUUCUUUCUUCUCGUUUCUUUCUCCUCGCUCUUUCUAUUUUUCCUUUCCUUGUUCUUUUCUAAGAGGAUUUUUGGGCUCAUUUUCCCUUCGGCUUUUGGUCUUUUUCUCAGUGAAAAGACUGCAAUUUUCGUUCGGUACGUUUUCAAAAAUUCAGCAAAAUAAUGCUUUGGCUUUUACGGUUACCUAUACAUUAAUUUUUGUUAACGUACCAACAUCCUCAAAUAUACAAGUUUCACUUUUUCGAAGCUUUUCAUUUUCUUCGUGUUAAAAGUGAAUUGGAGAGGAGGGGAGAAUAGUUUUACUAAUCCUUUACGACGCACAACAAUGCAGAGUUUUUGAACAGGUUAAGCUCCAGUGCCUAUGAAUUUGAUGAGACGGAAAUGUCUUUUCAUUAAAGGAAAAGCGUUGUUACCUUCUCAAAGGUUAACGGAACAUUCAUCGCAUAAGAACUUUGGUUCUAGCAAACGUUUGUUUCAAGAAAACGAAAUAGUAUGAUAGGGAAGCUGGUUUUUAAGGGAAAGAUUAAGAGUGUAAGGGUCUCUGGAGUAAUGGAAAUUCCCCACGGAGAGCAUAAUUCACGCAAAUCAGUCAGAAGGUUAACUUGCAGUAAGACGAAACACUGACCCAGGUGUUUCUCACCAUUUAUUCGGCGUUUUUAAACCAAAACUACCCAAAAUACAUUAGCGUUGUUGUAUCAAAAAUUCUUGAGGGAAGUGAGGGAAAUGUUUUAUCUGAAUUUGUGAUCUUCCUGAAAUUGGGUGUCCUGUGGUGCAGGUUGAAAAUCUUUAUUGCCAAUUUUUUUCAUGUUUCACCGAACCGAUUUUGGCGGAUUUUUAGUAUGUUGUUACAAAGCCAUUCAACAAUUACAUGGCGUUGAAAAAAAUUCUGUUGCAAUUAGUUUGAAGCUAAACCACAAUUUGACUGGACUACAAGAGAGAGAACCCUAGGAACGAGGUUGUCAAAAGAAUCAUGGCAGAAAGCACAUUACAACAUUCUAAAUCCUCUGAAAACUGCAAACAUUCACCCGCUAGAUGUUCUAGAGAUUUGCAUUUUACAGGCUCACAUAAAUAACUUUCUCGGUAGCUUACCGGCCAAUGAAAAGCACUACUUUUAAACUCCCAACUCCCACAGGAUUGUUUGGAACACCAAUAUGGCCGCCGUUUCAUUGUUUUGGAACACCAAUAAGGCCGCCGUGACGUCAUGUGAAUACGCUCUAUAUUGGGCUCACCGCUUUCUUUGGUCCUUUGUCUCAAGUCGACUUCCCCAAGCUUUGAUUUUAACGCAAACUUACUUUGACGCUCUUUAUUUUGUUUGUAUUCCAGCACGUGCCGGCAGAGUCGGCUCGUAGUGCUCUAAAUUGUUAGGCCGUAUUAAAGUUUGUUUCUUUUGGACCUACCUGAACUUGACCGAUCCUUACUUAUCUCCUUGGCGUCGGAGAGAUAAGUAAGGCUUUUGGUCACGCUAUGGAAGUCGUCCGCCACGCCGAUCGCGGAGCGGGGGAUCUCUCUUUGCGCCAUAUGUUUUGUUGUCAUGUUUUUAAUAGACGUUAAUUUCAAGCCAAAAGAACUGCGGCAUUAAAUACAAUUUGAUGGCCGUUCUUUUCUUUUGCAUAUAACUGCUCAUAAACCAUGGUCCUAUUGCGUCAUACAGUGAACUAGUACAGAUUUUGUUACUGACAAAAAAGAGUAUGGUAUACAUGUACCAGUAGUAAACUUUACACAUGGAGACACAAAGCGCAGUAAGGUUACAACUGAUUUGGUGUCUACAUGUAUUUUUGUUAAUGUAAUUCUUAGGCGAGAACCCAGGAGGCGGAGGCAUUGAAGGCACAGAUGUCUGAUCUCAAGAAAAGAUAUGAGGAUGGAAUAAAGGUGCUUUUAGGCUUUGAAUUUAUAGGUCUAGGCCAGGUUAUUCUAAGCAGGGUUGGGUUUACGGGGGGGAUUUAGGAAUUUAGGACUGGGGAUACAAUGUGUUGCUCGGACCCUGAUAUCCUUAGCCUAUACCAGACCUAGACUACGUACACUAGACUACUGGAUUCUUAAAAUCCAUCCCUAUCUUAUCCCUCAUUUAAAUCUUUAAUGGUCAAUUGAUCAGUAUCCUGGAAAAGGAUACCCUAUUUUAGACCCAAACUCUCUAAUUUCUAUAGGCUAUCCUAGAUGAAACGGCUUGAAAGUCAUACCCUUCACAACAUCACAAACCCAUAUAGUCCAUAUAUAGCAGUUCCGCCCAACCACCCCCUCCCCCCCAAGUUAAUCUAAGGAUAGUGAGAGAUUUGAAUCCAAAUCUGAAUUCAGGUGCAUUCUUUUUGCCCACAAUUUUAUUACAACGACUAGUUAGAAUUCUCUCAAGAAAAUGAAUCUGGAUUAAAUUGCAAACUAAGCCUAGAGAUGUUAGAACUGUCAGUCAUACUAAGGUCAAUUCAAUUUCUUUUGACUCCACAUAAUGUUAUAUCUCUCUGAUUUCGUCAAAACGUGGCCACUAGGUUUUUGCCCGGCACCGGGCGUAGCCCGGCUCCAGGCCAGUGCAGCGUCGAAAAAAGCACGGGGCUUGGCGUCUUGGUCGGUACAGCUGGGUGGAUCAGGCCUGGGGGGGGCAAAACUAGUGGGGUAGAGAGGGGCCUGUUUAGACACAGCCCCUUCAGUAAGCAGCAGUGUUCUCAAGAGGCUUUGACUGGCAAGUAUCUUGUUCUCACUUUGCCCUAGCCAGCUGAAUCAGGGCUCUGCUGAGAAUAAUUAUCAUGAUAAUUGCAGAUUUCAGUGGAAGGCGCAGACAAAUACUCAUUGUCCUUGGUGGGGAGGGUCAAAGUCUUGGUACCAAGGACACACUUAGCAUAGGACCUGUGGACACUCACUGCAGCCAUGUGUACAUAAAUUCAGUCAAAUAUAUAUGUUGUUUGUUUGUGAUGCCAUAUUUAUCCAAAGUAAGUAAUUUUUGAACGUUUGCUUACCCACCCUUAAGUGUUAUUAAAAUUUUAAGUGUUUUGGUUACAGGCUCAGGUUAAUUACAUCUCACAGCUUCAAGCAAAGUUUAAUGACCUUCAGCGAUAUGCUGUUACGACUGAGGAGGUAAAUAUAUGCAUCAAAAUACUCAGUAGAGCAAAAAGUUCUGCAAAUGGCUAGUACUUUGCUCCAUACCGCUUUUCUCCAUGCAUGGUUUUCAGCAAUUUACCAGUAUUUUUGUUACAGUUACUGUUCAUCGUCUUCAUUUCCAGAAAUACUUCUUCUCUCUUGUUAUUGGUGUAAAACUCAACAUGGCAGUGUGUGGCUACAGGGUUGGACGCAUGAAUCACCUGAAGCCUGAGGUAAUACGCAACAGUAACAAUGUGUAUGAUUUACGUGAGCUCUAAAUGUUAUAAAUGGCUGUAUUACCUCUAAUUUUGAUUAAUGGUGCUUUAAAAAGUGGUUUUAUUGCAUCAAGGUACGUUCUGGGUUUGGGAAUGAAAAUACUAUGAAGAAAAAUGCCAGUAGUAGUUGAUGUUCAUGGUAUUAACUCAGUGCUGUUGUCCUAAGUGGGAUUAGUCAUUGUCCCUUAAAAGCGAUUUUUUGUUUUUUGAUUACUCUCACCUAUGUAAUCUACUUAUUACCUGGCCAAGGCUCAAACUACUUGCUAUUAAAUUUAUAUUUAUUUUGAAAUUAUUUCGGUCUUUCAGUCUUCCUUUUUAAAAAAAGCAGUAUUUUACUUGAUCUCCUGAAAUUUCUGUUCUGCUAACAGGGGUGUCAUUGAAUGCUGGGGAUUUCACGCAUUAACCUUGAACAUGAUCCCCGGCUACUUUCAAAUAGAAAAAUAGAGGAAAUAGAGAACCAAAAGAAGUCAAUAGAUGUUUAAUUCCAUGUCUACUCUUUUUAUUUGCCCGGCAAACUGAAAGUGACAGCACUGUGCUGAUCAUGAAUAAAUGUUCUUAUAUUAAGGCAUUGUUGAAAACAAUAUAUACUACAGUAGAUUUUGUUACAUUUGAAUACUGAACAAUGAUUUUUUUUGACAGAAACUCUUAGAACGAGUUCGAAAUCAUGGCAUCUCAAUAGAACAUUGGCCCAGUUGGUUGUCAAGGGAACUAUCAACAGGAUCAGCGACACCUGAACACGAGGAUGAGGAUGAUAUUAAGUUAUCAUGAUAACUCAUAAUAAACUGCUAGAUUCUUCUUCUGUAUGAAAUAAAAGGAGAAUUUGACUUUAACCUUUAACCUUUAACUUUAGUCACUCAGAGAGGGCCAUUUUUUUCAUACUCUUCCUCAAAUUCAUGUAGUGCCAUGUGUUAUUAUUAUGGUCUUGAAUCUGCUAUGCUGCAUCUGUUUUUGUGGGACUAUUUCUACAGGUGCAUGUAGAAUUCAUUUUUAUGUACAUUAGGGACGGAUGAUUACAAAAGUGAAGUAAUGGGGGGUGGGGGGGUGCAAACAAAAUCUG